CCCUUGCUGAAGCGCGGCGGCCGCAGUCUUGGCGGUUGCAGAGGGAGGUCGCGGCGGAGCCGGUGAGAAGCAGCAGCUGCCUUCGGCCUCGGCUUCCGCGCUCGCCCUCACGAUGUCUUCUGUGCCGGACGCCGCCGCCGGCGACGAGCUGAAGCAGACGAAGGAGAUGGAGGACGCCGAGAAGUACUCCUUCAUGUCCACGCUCACCAAGGCGCCCAAGAAGGUGCGGGCCGGUGGCCGGAGGAGCGGGGAGCUCGGGGGGCGCUCGCGGGGCGGGGCGGCAGCGACGGGGCUCGGCGCCUCAGGUCCUCGGGCGGGAGAGGGGCCGGGGCUUGAGCCCCCCACCCCUGAAAGUCACGCCCUCUGAGUGGGGAAAAGCCUUUCCUUCCCCUUGACCCCUGACGCGCUUGCAGAUUCAGCGGGCGCUCUGCACAUGCCCAGGGGAACUCUUUUCUGCGUCGGCGUUUCUCGUGUCCCGGCGCUGAGACCUGACCCUGGAAACUGGUUCCGGGGCUUAAGGCAUGUAGACGUGACCCCCUCCGGCAGGGAGCGGGGACUGGGGAAGAGGAGGAAAUAGGGGGGAAACUCCAGGAGGAGGAGAUGUGGAGGAGUCUGGAGCUGUGGUUCAGCUGGUUCAGCUGUGGCAGCUCUGGGCAGCUGUAAGAACUGGGAAGGAAGGUCCUUUAGGACACGGAUCCUCAGCUUGGCAGGCCUGGGCGGUGUUCGUGCGAACACUUUUCUUUGCAGCUGAAAGGCUGGACCGUCUGCCUCGAAGGUCUCUCUAUCCCCAUGUCUGCCAGUGGAAAGCAUUUCCGUCUAGCAGUGGCAGAGGAGAUGGGACUCUGGUUUCCUCCAUCCACCUGGCUAGCUAGGAACAGUGUGGAGCCCAGCAUGCAUAUGUGAUAUCUGACUGCUGUCUGUCAAGACUGCCCCUGGGAACGAGGUGCUAUGGAUGCUGUGCAAGCUAAAAGCGGCUUGUAGCUUUUUCCAUAUCAUUAUGUCUCUCUCUCUCUUUCACAAGUCCUCAUUAUAUUCUUCCAGUAUAUUAUCGGUCCUAGCAUAGCAGUACAGGCUUAAUCCAGGCAGUCUUGUGGGAGCUUCCACAAGAGUUAUUGCUUGACUUGUGCAAAUGUACCUUCAGAUAGAGGCAUGGUGUCUUGUGCUACCAGGAAUAUGCUCUCAACUUUUUGUUCGUCAUUGAGAAUGUCAAUCCAGAGAUCAGAAAACGCCUUCGUGCUAUUCCUAAGUGCUGUUUAGUGGGAAGGGCUAUUUUUGCUUUGUAUUCCUACCUGGUUUAGGAUUUUCAAAAACCAUAACCCUGCAGCCUCAGUGAUUGUAACUGUUAGUAAUCAUUGCUGUUAGUGGAGCUGUAACUGUGAACUCUUCAGUUAUGCAUGGGCAGAUAUAGCCAGAAUUCUCGGCUUAGAUUUCCUGUGGGAAGUCCUUCUGGGCUGAACAUUGCAUUCUCCCUAGCUUUGUGUUGCAUGGCUCUGAACUUAAACCUGAAUGGAGUAUGGCGCAAAAGCUUUUCUUGGGAGAAUGGGCAUUUUCCUUUUGAUGGCUGAACUGAAGCAGAAUUAAACUUGUGAAGAAAGUUUAUUUCCUUAAACUCACAUUUGAAACCUUUUGUGAAACCUUUUGUGCAGCCCAACCUUUCAAUGACUAGCAGAAACAUUUUGGUGCUAGCUGGAAGAUCAAACUUCAUGCUUAGCAGGUGCCCAAGGACAACGCCUAUAACAUUCCAGUUUGCUCCACCUGAAUAUAAUGCAAAACCAUUAGUUCCACCUUAGAAAGUGAAAUUUGAGAAACUUGAGAUGUUAUUCCUUUUGGCUUUGGCAAAUUCUAAGUUACAAAAUAAUCACAAGUGUGUUAAUAAAAAUAUACAUACAUACUUAUUUUGCUGUGCCCAUGAACUCCAGCAGGAAGCAUUCCUGUCCUCCAAAAUCAACUGUCAGAAAAGGGAUAUGGUCACCUAUUCCAGACACACAUCAUCUCUGAUAAUGUUUCUGUAAUUUGUGUGGAGUUGGUGGUUGGGGUACCUAUCAGGACUGUUUCUGUGACCUUGUACUUUUGAUGAUCCAGACAUGGAUGGAGAACUGCAUAUAUUAGGUUGGCAGAGGGAGGAUGACCUCAGGUGGCAGAUGCUGGGGGGAUGGUGUCAGCAGCCCUCCAGUUGUACCCUUUUGUUGGAGGACAAAGCUGUAGAUGCCACAUGAACUUAACUACACCUUCUAAACUAACCUGCUAUCCUCGGCUGUGGUGGAUGAUGCUGUCCUGUCCCUAGCCAAUCUGUUCAGUUUCUGUACAUGAAAUGAGGCUGGGGCAGGGGCCUUGCCCUUAAGGUAACUUGGGCCAGCCCUGGACACACGCUCCCUCUGAUCUGAGAUCUCAGAUUAUGGAAAAGACAUCCAAACCUACCUCAUGAGUGUUCCCCCAUUAAAAAGUGCUGUGAAGGGGUUGGCAUCAAUGCUAUACUAGACAUGGCCAAACUUGGCCCUCUAGAUGUUUUUGGACUACAAUUCCCAUCAUCCCUGACCACUGGUCCUGUUAGCUAGGGAUGAUGGGAGUUGUAGUCCCAAAACAUCUAGAGGGCCAAGUUUGGCCAUGCCUGCGUAAACGUUCUUUAUCCAGAUAUAGUUAUGCCACUGGUAUACACUAUUACAGCCAGUUUGCUUAUUUGAGUGUAUUUAGUACGUACUGCAUUGUAUUGUAUUUAAUUGUAUAUGUGUGGCCUCAAUAUCCCAUUGAAGUAUAACGUGCUAUGUUGUUGGUUUGAGUGGUUUAGAAGAACACUGCAGGGAAAGAAGUUCUCAAAUUUCUGGUUGCAAAUAGUUGCUCUUUAAAGUUGCUUUAACUUUAAGCCUGUAUUUAACUCCAAUGUCGUCAUUUAUGCUACUUAUAUGGGUCUCAAGAACAGUUUGAUUGAAAUAUUGCUUAGAGAAAUAUAGAAUGUGCAGCUAAUGUCUGAGACUCAUAAAUCAGAAAAGACCGUUAAAUCUUGGUUGAUCUGGACAUAAAUUAAUGUUUUCAGCUACCGUUUAUUCAAAUCUUAUCCGAUAUGUAAUGUUAAUAGUGGAGUUCCUGUUACACAGUUUCCUUAUCAAUGUUUUUAAAUGUAACAGAAAGGAGGUUUAAUUGGAUCUGUGAAUUUCUUUGCCCUCAUCUAUUCCCAGAACCUUGUCUGUUUAUUUAAGAAGGUGUACAUAAGGUAUCUUUUUAAGUUUAAGCAUAGUUUAUUUAUAUGCCAUUUCCCCACUGUAAACAUAUGCCCAAAGUGGUCUGCAAUUUGAAAACAGUUUAUUAGAAAACAUAUCAGGAAAACUAAAAGCAGUUAAUUAACCUGAUAAGUUAGUGUUGCAGUAGAAUAGUCUAGACUUAAUUUUGAUAUUGCCCUGUAUAUAUGUAUUUACAGGCUAGUAAUAAUAGGACUAACCAGUGCUAGUAGUUAUAGUCUUGCUGCCCUCCCAAGGGGCCACAGCAGCCUGGCUUAAAUAUGGUUCAGAGUGGGUGGGGCUGUGUUCCCCCCACCCCCACCAAAUGGUUCAAAGUCAGCUUGGCCACCUCUCCUCCAGAGGACUCUGGCAUCAGUAAAAGGGACUUACUGGGAGAGUAUCAGUGAUGUAACCCCUCUUGCCAAGCCUUCCAGGUGUUCCAGCUGCUAUCAUUGCUCCUACUGUGAUUGUUGUGACCAUUGUGUCACCUAAUUUGUGUCGAUUGGCAUCAGGAUGGAUUAUUGCCCAUACAUUGUUAGCCUGCCCAGAGGAUCAGUGAUGACUACAGCUAGGAUGUCGGAUUGGUGGUAUGGAUGGCCCUUUCUUUAUUUUCAAAAGACUCAUUUAAGGGGCUUUGUCCAUGUUCAGGGAAUGGCCGUUUCGUGGGUACAAUGCUCUGUAGUAGACAAGAGUUUUUGCUUCUGACUCCUUUGAACUCUGCUUUUACGAAUUUAAAUGAGUGAAAACUAGUGCUCAAAUUAUAUUUUGCUUUUCAUAAAAUAAAUAAGCCAAGACUUACGGGUGCAGGCCACUUAAACUGCCAAGGGUGUAAUUGAGAAGACUUGUUUAGCCAAUGGGCUAAGGCACACUUUUUAAAUUACAGCAGUUACAAUGCUAAUAGUAUAGUGCUGUAGCUUUACCAUAGUACAGCUUGAGUUCCUACAUACAGACUGAGGAGAUAGGGUAGUAUCUUAGUCACUAUAAGUCUACAGCAGAGUACAACAACACCCCCACCCCCAUUAAAAGAGAGUUCCUGGGUUGCUAUGAAUGCCACAAAGCUCCCUCAUGGCUGCUUUGAUAGAUUCAAGAAGAAUAUGUUCUUGCAUUUCUUUCUAUCUCCUCUCUCCAUCUUCCUAACAGCUGGUCAAAGAAAGUAGAAGGUCAAGCAUAUUUUGCUCUUCCACCCAUACCAAAUAUAGGAUUGUUUCCUUUCAUUGUACUGUCAUAUUCUAGCACUCCUAUAUAAUCCGUUAAAAUGCUUCAAGAUGUGGCCUAUUCCCCCGCCUCAAAGCUCUUACCACCACAGUGCUAAAAUCUCCCCUUGAGUCUUUGUACAUUCAUAUCAUGAAUAACUCCUUCUUCAGAUAUUUACAAGUGGCUCAUAGAUCUUCUUAGUUGCAUCAAUAUUAAUCAAUCCCUCUAUGCAAAAUUGUGUUUCAUUGUUUGCCUUUUAAAAAAACCAACCUUACCAUCGUCAGCCUGGAUAGCUCAGUUGGUUAGAGCAUGGUGCUGAUAAAGCCAAGGUUGCAAGUUUGAUCUCUGUAUGGGACAUCUGCAUAUUCCUUCAUUGCAGGGGGUUGGACUAGAUGAUCCUCAGGGUCUCUUCCAUCUCUACAACUCUGUGAUUAGGACACAGGGUUGUGUUUUAUUGUCUUACUCAGAGUAGACCCAUUGAAGUUAAUAAACCUAAGUUAGUCAUGUCCAUUAAUUUAAGUAGGUCUAGCGUUGAAUACUAAUCACAGCUAAAAAAAAAAAAUGUUAAUAGCAUGUAAUAAAAGAAAACAAAGAGAGGUUAGGAGUUAUAAAACAGAGAUUAACGUUCAAAAACAGCUUUAAGUUUUAGUCACUCCUUGGAUUUCCCCCCCCCCCCCAAAAUCGUGCCACUCAUGUAGGUAGCAGACUGAGGCAAGUGGAGUCAUGUACUCCCACUCUACAGAAUCCCUUCCAGUGACAACAUAUUAACAAGUAUAAAAAAGUGUUACUCUUCCUCUCUGCCUACUUAUUUUUUGUGCUUCUCAGCAAUCAGUAUUUCUGCUUCUCAGCUUCAUUGCUCAUUGUAGCUCCCUCCAGUAUGUUCCUUAUGCUUACAUAUACACAUUGGACUGACACUUUCCGUAGUGAUGUGUUUUUUUCUGCUUUACAAUUGUAUACUGUCAAUUUUGUAAAUAUACUUUUGGGUUUCAGAAUCUUAGGUGAAGAAUUUUAGCAGUAAGAUUGCUAUAGGCACAAAGAUGGAAAGAUACAGCCCUACCUACUAUAAAUGAAUGGUUGAUAAAAUUCUCGGAUUUAACUGAGAUGGCAAAAUUAAUGUGUUUAAUUAGAGAAAAAUCAUUAUUGACGUUUAUUAAGGAUUGGAAACUUCUUAUGGACUUUUUGCAUGCAAGAGAAAAUGAACUUAUAAUAUCUGGAUCUGAAGAUUGGAAAAAUUAGCUAAUAGAAAAUAGACUAGGUAAAGGGACCCCUGAUAUUAUAUUAAUAUUAAGAUAUUAAUAAAAAAAAAAUUUAUAUGCCGGUUAAUUUAUCCUGAAUGGUAUUUCUCUAGUGCUAUAUGUGCACUACAACUGCAACAGAAAACUCAAACUAUUUUUCUUAUUUUUCUUAAACGAACAAUAAGAAAUUAGAAAAUGUACAGUUUGCUGUGCUGAAUAAUCAGGAAUCAGAAUGUGACAAUGCAUAUUUGUAUAUUUCCCUGUUCCUUCCUAUUUUUCUAGCAUAUGUUCCAUACAUGAUUUGUCAAAGUCACAAUUCUGCAGAAAUAUUGCAGUUUGAAUAAAUUGCAUGUAUUUAUUUUGCAUAAAUUUACAGAAUUCACGCUCCGAUGUCUUCUCCACAUUAAUACAGAACAUGGAUAUAUUUUGUAUAACACAGUCCACUUAACACAAGAAUCUCCUUCCUUUUUCCUUCCCUGCAUGAAUGGAUAUGAAAAAUCAUCUUUUUUCAAAUCUACAUAUGCCAUCUUGAGAAACAGAUAAAUUUCCUCUUAACAUGCAAUCAACUUCUCCAGUUUUCAUUGGUUCUUGACCAAUAGCUUAUUUAUAUCUUGACUAGAAACAAUAUUCUCAGCCAAAUUGCUUGGGAAAAGAUUCCCCCCCCUGCCUUAGUUUGGCCAAACCCUAUACAGUGGUACCUCAGGUUAAGAACUUAAUUCGUUCUUAACCUGAAACUGUUCUUAACCUGAGGUACCACUUUAGCUAAUGGGGCCUCCCGCUGCCGCUGUGCCACUGCCGCACAAUUUCUGUUCUCAUCCUGAAGCAAAGUUCUUAACCUGAGGUACUAUUUCUGGGUUGGCAGAGUCUGUAACCUGAAGCGUCUGUAACUUGAGGUACCACUGUAUGCCCAUUGUUUCCCAAUCCUACAUUGCCUUUCUUUUUUUUUCUUUUUUUAAAAUUCUUUUUAUUAAUUUUCAGUAACCAAACCAAAAAACAACAACGAAUAAACACACCAAAGAAAAUCCUACAUUGCCUUUCAAUUAUAUCUAAGAAGUAGCUGUGCUAGUGUUGCCCAUGAGAUUGUUGCUCACCCCUGCAGACCCACAUUGAUUUCUGACUAUUCAUUUUCAUUUUUGUUAUGCAUAGAAAUUGUUGCCCAGAACGUCUUUCAGUGUGUAUGGGUCUCUAGUUUUCCUGGUCCUAAUCUCUCAGCACAUUUUUUUUGUGUGUUCAACAUUGUUUGGUUCUAAGCAGUGCUUUUUUUUUUCCUUAAAAAAAUGUUUGGGGGUACUCUCAUCUUGAUUCAAGAAAAAUCACCAUUUUAUAGUUCAAAUUGGGAAAAAUAAAUACAGUGAAUGGACAAAAGUACAACGAUUCACAAAAUGUUUAGGGGUAUGCGUCCCCCCAGAAAAAAAGCACUGGUUCUGUGUCUUUCAGAAUUGGCCAAAAGCUGCUGCUGACAGGGUUGUUCAUCCUAGAAGAUAGCUAGGCAACCUUUAGAAGUAGCAUUGUAGAAUACAGUGGUACCUUGGGUUACAAACACUUCAGGUUACAAACUCCACUAGCCCGGAAGUAGUACCUCAGGUUGAGAACUUUGCCCCAGGAUAAGAAUGGAAAUUGCGCACCGGCGGCAGCGGGAGGCCCCAUUAGUGAAAGCGCGUCUCCGGAUAAGAACGGUUUCGGGUUAAGAACAAAUUAAGUUCAUAACCCGAGGUACCACUGUACAUGGUACUUGCUUGCCACUUAGUGCUAAAAUGUUUGUAGUAAUGCAAAUAGCUGUUAGAAAGGGAAAGACCUACUAUGCUCCCCUUUCAACUUCCUGAUAGCGCACCCUGACAUACGGUAGAUAAUCCAAGGAGUUCUACAGGUGGACAGAUGUGCAGACUUAAAAUGGACUUACUAGAACUUGAGUUGAUAAUAGUCAUUCAACAUCCCUUAAUAGAAGAAAGUUUUCAGAUUCAGAUUCUUUGGAGCAACUCGGAUGGGUUUCCCAAGAGUCUCAUUAUAAUAAGUGCUUCAGUUGUUGAUGAAAUGAUCAGCUCUAGAAAUUCUCAAGUUUGCAUAUCUUUGUUGUUGUGUGUCCUCAUAGCAACAAUGGAGAUGUGAUUAUUUUGCCGGUUGUGAAGUCUGUGAAAGACGUACUGGGGGAUGCUGAAGGGCUGUAGAUUUUGAAACAGCCUUAUAAAUUUCUUUCUCCCCCCCCCCCCCAAUUUUGCAUUAUAGAGUAGGUUCUAAUGCUUCCUUUGGGCUUAUGAUAAUCAUUUUUGGGGGUUCCAGUUUGUGUAAACUUAAAGAUCUUUUCCUGAUUUAUUCUGAAUAUUGCUAUGGUAACCGCCUCACAGAGUGUGGUUGGAACAUAUCAAUCUUGUUUAUGCAUAUAGAAACUCUAGUUGUAAAUUAUUUGUGAUCUAUUCAGUAACCAUACAGGAACAGGACAACAAAAAAAUAGACUACUAGGUGUUCUUGGGAUCCAGUCGCUCAAAAUAGUUUUGUCUGAUUUGAGAGACCCCCUUACACUGGCAGUAUACUCCGCAGGUGGAGAAUCUAUUGUAAGCUUUAAGAAUAUAACUUUUUUUCCAUUCCAGGUGAGAAAUGUGUGGCAUAAAUGACUGAUGCAGAUGUGUGAGUAGAAGGGCUUGUAAAAUAUAGUAGUUGUAGUCAUAGUAGUAGUAGUAGUAGUAGUGUUGCUGUUAUAGGUUAGCAAUUUUGCAGUUAUUUCCAAGGCUGCUUUCAUUGAAUGAAUUUUUAAGAAGUUAUAUUUCAAUUACUUGAUUGAAUUUUUGCUGAUGCCUCAUAAGGUGCUGAACUUCUUCUAAAGUCAUUGCAUAUUAUGUACCAAAAGUACUAGUUUAUGUUUGAAUCCAUUAGUUCUUGGGGACAUAGCAGCCUUCAGGGCUUACCAGCACUGAACUUGCUAUCUUUGGCUGCCCUUUGUGCUGUUCCAUUGUGAAGUUUCCUCAACCAGAGGCCAAGUAGCUUUAAAUGUUUGUUUUAGUGAAACACUGAAAGGUUCGUCUGUAGUCUUGUAGCACAACUUAAAAACCUUUUCCUUAGGAUGUACGCAGUUCAGCAUGCUACUCAAAACUGUCCCUGAUGGUGACAACAUGAAAGUGAUUUUGAAGGAAUGACAGUGCAAGGUUGACUUGUGGUCAUACAACUUGCUUAAAACGUUAGCCAAUCCUUUUUUAAAAAGAAUCUAGUGAGCAGCUUUUUAGAAAGGAUAUUUCCUGUUGACAUGGUUCAAGUCUUAGAGCUCAGGAACUGCCUUUUCCCUUUCAUAGUGAGCUAGCUGAACUAUAUUAUGUGUUGUGAUCAAUACUGUGCCCUUGGUAACAGGCUUAUUGCUGCUGCAGAAUCUGUUCACUUUAGGCUUGUAACGGGGUGGGGUGGGGGUGGGAAUCAACUAGCUGGCCAUGGAUUGGGUAUUCUAAUCAAGUUGGAAGCAUGGUGGUGUAUGCUGAGAAUCCAGGCGUGAGGGUGGGACAGGGUGCUCUAUUUCUGCAUACAGGUGGAUGAUCUCGAGCUAAAUAUCUGGUACCAUUGCUCUCCUGGCACUAGAGGUGGGAGGGCUGUCAUUCAUAGAUAUCAGAACUAGAGCAUGGGAGUUUGCUGUUAGAAAUGGGCAGAAUCAGACUUAUUGUUGAAUCAGUGGGAAUUCCUUCUUCACCUUCUUGCAGAAUUCUUUAUGUAAUUUGAACCUGUAUUAUGGAAGCUUUCACCUUCAGCCAUUCAUCCCACAUACACAAGAAUCCUGGUCAGAAUUUUGUGCAUUCUUUUCCAGCCCCACAGGGAGAGGAUUAAUUUGGAUCCAGGCAAGCUCUAAAUAAGAGGGUAUUGCCAAUUCUUAUUAAAGUUGGAUUGAAUGACUGUAUACAUAACAAAGCAUGACCUUCCUCUGUCUCGAUGAAGCUAAUUCUCCUGUGUUCUCAUUGCUGCAGCUGUGUGGGCUGAAUAUUGCAUUUUGCAAUUAAGUUAGGGCAUGAUUGAAAAUACUUUAUAGCCUGUAUGAGACCAACCAAAAAUGCAUUUUAGGGAUUGCCACCCUUAAUACAACAGAGACAGGACAACCACCUCUCAUUAACAGUUUAGCACCCUUUUGAAAAGAAGUGCCAAAAAUCACCAAAAGGAGGAGGGAAGCGUCUCACAGUGGUGAAAAUGUUUGCAAAAUCUGCCUCCAUUUCAGUUCUCCUCUACUUUCAAACGUUUUGACUCUUCCAUUUUUGGAUUGAGCACAGCUGCUUGUGUCAUCCAAAACCAACAAAUGGUGGUUUAGAAGAUCACAGAACAUCGCUUUUGUCAUUUUUAUUUGGAUUUGUUCAUGAGGUCCAUAACUUUUAGUAUAUGCUGAAAGGGGUAAGUUCCUCCAGUGUGCAGGAGUUGUGAUCUUUUCAACAGUAAAGGAUGUUUUGCUUUGUGUUUGGUGCUCACCAAGUUUUUCUUAAACCUUGUUACCUGCUUUACAACCUGUGGCUGAAUAUGUAACCUCCAUUAAGAUCUUUGCCAAGAAACAGCUUUAUCUUUUCCCCAUUUUAAAAGCAAUUAGCUGGUUUUUAUUUAAGACCUUGGGGUAAUUGCUGUCCAUGCAUCAGUACACUUAAUAUUAGUAUGUUAAUUUAUAAUGUGGCCCAAGGGUUGGAUAUGCUGGAAAUAAUGGCAGUCUGGAUCCCCUCUUGACUCUUCCAGGUGCUGCCUUUGGGUAAUCAAUUAGUAUGCACCUUUAUUGUCUCCAAAUGUAUUUUGUGUUUGGCGCAAAAUGACAUGGCUGCCACUGCACCUUUAGAACAACCAAACUACCUUCCUACCCACCCGCCCUGUGUCAAACACUGUCAUUAUCAGCGUCCUAUUCCUAAACUUGUUCCUUUUUGAUAUUGCCCCUGCUUUUAAAUGAUGCUAGGCCAAUAAGAGAGAGCAAAAUCAUUGGCAUGGAUGGGAAAUCAUGACCUCCCCUUUUUUCUUGCAAACUAUCAGGUACUGCAAAAUGAACUAUUAUUAAUAUUCAUUUCAUUUCUAUGUUUCUUUAUAUUGUUAAGGAAAAAACCCUCAAAUGUAACUAUUGAUGUGUAAACUUUACUCUCAAAAGGGAAGGGGGUUAUUUGGAACUCUGCUAAGUAAGUAGUCUGAGGAACUGAACAUAUAAUUUCAUGUUGAAACUCUGCAACUGACACAUCAAGAUAGCUUAAAUUCAUUUGAUGUUUAAGUUGACUAAGCUAGUGGUGCCAUGUACCAAGCGUGAUGGGGUAGCUCCCAUUUCUCUGUCGCAGCUCCUGCCAACCUAGUAGUUCAAAAGCAUACCAGCACGAGUAGAUAACUAGAUACCACUGCGGUGGGAAGGUAAAGGGUGUUUCUAUGCUCUCUGGCUUCUGUCACGCCAGAAGCAGUUUAGUCAUGCUGGCCACAUAACCUGGAAAGCUGUCUGUUUGACAAACGCUGGCUCCCUGAAGUGAUUUGAGUGCCACACCCCAUAGUCUUAAGUUUGACUGGACUUAACUGUCCAGGGGUCCAUAUAUAUGUAUGUAUGUAUGUAUGUAUGUAUGUAUGUAUAAUUUAUACCCUGCCCUCCCCGGCCAGGGCCGGGCUCAGGGCGGCUAAUACCGAAUAUGAAUUACAAUAAAACGUGAUAGAAAAACAAACAAACCAACAACAACAACAACAAACAAACGGGAACAACAACCAAAAAAUGAACUGUCACGGAUAGGAGAAUACCACUGUGAAUUCAUUCAAGGCCUUGAAAACUCCAGUUCUGGAUUCUGCAGUCUUUCUGUUCCUAAGUGCUUCCCUUUUAUAGGUAGCCUUUGGCAUUUUUUUAAAAAAAGUGGGAGUUAAUGAGUUGCAGAAACGAUUCACCUUUGCCCAGCAGUAUUUGUAAGGCUAUAAUGUUCAGCUGCUGGACAUGGGCAAAUCAGCUUCUAAGUAGCCCUGCUAGAAUUCUUGGCUGAAACUUAUCAGUAUUCUACCCUAAUAAAUUGCUGGUGUAUUAACACAGUAACAGCACUGAAAGAAUAAAUGCAGCAACAGGAAUUACUACUCCCAUAGCAACUGUGCAGCUCCCCCACUAAUCAUUACAUUAUCCUCUAGCGGCUCCCCUAGUAAUCAUAUACAGAGCAUGAGUCUUCUUCAUGCUGCAGCACUGAAAUUGCAUUGCUGCCAAUACUUUGCUUCCAUUUUCAAGGGCCUGGACAAAUCAAGGUUAUAAGAAUAGGGAGCAGCAGCCAUUCUCUUUGUUGUAUUUGGGCCGGACACUGUAAUAUUUGGGAUAGAAUUUCUGCAUAAGGGAGAUCUAAAAUUCUUCCCCCCCCCUUCCAACCCCUGAUACUUUCAAAGAGCUUCUCUGCUAGACAAUCAGCUUUUGUGAAGCUCUUGAAGGUAACUUUUCCCAUCUUCUCCCCAUUGCAUGACAAAUAUCCCCUCUCCCAGCACCAUUUUGCUUAUAGCCUAAUGCAAGCAUAGGCAGAGUAGGCCCUCCAGAUGUUUUGGGACUACAACUCCUAUCAUCCCUAGAUAACAGGACCAGUGGUCAGGGAUGAUGGGAGUAGUAGUCCCAAAACAUCUGGAGGGCCGAGUUUGCCUAUGCCUGGCCUAAUGUGUCUAAGUAGCCAGGAACAUGUAAUAGUUCUUUGUUUUAGAAAUUUUGUAUCUUGGGAAACUUUAUAGGUUCAAAAUGGUACAAAUGUGGUUAUAUGAUGAUAUUGGCCUUCUUAUAGCCAUCCGUUUUCUCCAUGUUUCUUUCAAAGUAGAAUCAUGCCUUAUCAGAAAAUUCUCUUUAAGCCACACAAGGAAUUCUUCAGAAGUAGGUGUUUAACUGCUGCCCUAAGGCAAGACUGUUCUGUGUCAUCUGUGGACCUCCCUUUGUAAAUGUGUGGGGUUGUAGCAUUUGUCAGUACUAACUGGGAUUUUUGGUGGGUUCUCUUUUGAUAAUAGGCAAUCCAAGGCUGUUUAAAGAUAGUAACUUCAAAGACUUGAUGUUGCUAUCAUUGCCCAUAGCACACACACACACAUUAUUUCUAGUCAAACAUGUUUUGCAGGUUUUUGAAGUGCUUCAAGAAAUACUUUGAAAGAGCCAAAAUUGGCUCUGAGCACCAUGAUCAGUACUGCCACAAUAAUAAUAUUAAAAUAUUUUUUAUAAUGCAGUCCCCCAGUUUCCCUCUCCACCUCAUUUAAGAACGCUUUUUCCCUUUAAAACUUAAUUAGGGGUGAAUAUUUUUAGACCAGAAGCUGCUUCUGAUGCUGUCUGGUCAAUUUCACAAGUCAUUGACUAGUACAGGGCUCAAGUAAGUGACUGGAAUUAGAAAUUGGGGGCAGGCAUUCUCUUUCUCCUUCCUCUCCAACUUCCAUUAUUGCAAUUGCUGAACAAGGCUUGGGUUACAGUAAUAGUAAAGGGGAGAUUUACACCCAUUGCUCUACAGAAAAGUAUCACAAUGCAGCCUAAAAUAUGUGGCCUAAGCUAACUUCUGUCAGUCAUCUCCAAUUUGACCCUGGGGGAUAAUGCCCUGCAGUUCCAGGAUGUCAGAGGAGCUUUCAUGCUUUUGUAUGACUGACACAAGCAGAACUGAUGCAUUUCCCCCCCCCUCUCUCUUAAAUCUGCUUUUUAUUAAAUAUGACAACUUGCUUCCAAAAAUAAAUGAAUUAAAACAAUUAACAUCCCAAAGUCUCUAAACUUACAAAUGUUACAGGAGCUUACAAGGAAACAGGUCUAGGCUCCUAAGAGAAAAUUCUGCUGAGAUAAUGAUCUUUUCUAUGGGGUAACCAAUCUUUACUGAUGGCAAUAGUCAUUCAAAGUAGUUUGGGUCUGCAGCCUAAAUUGUAGUAGUAAGGAUCACAUUUAAAAAAAAAAAUUCUCUGGUUAGAAAGACUGUGUGAAAAGUACUUACGGUAUUUUAUUUGUACUUUAAAAAAUUAUAUACUGCUAGAUUGUAGUAAAAUCUCUAAGCAGUUUAUAAGAAAUAGUAAAAUCAUCAAUUGUUGUUGUUGUUUAGUCGUUUAGUCAUGUCCAACUCUUCGUGACCCCAUGGACCAGAGCACGCCAGGCCCUCCUGUCUUCCACUGCCUCCCGCAGUUUGGUCAAACUCAUGUUAGUAGCUUCGAGAACACUGUGCAACCAUCUCAUCCUCUGCCAUCCUCUUCUCCUUGUGCCCUCAAUCUUUCCCAACAUCAGGGUCUUUUCCAGGGUGUCUUCUCUUCUCAUCAAUAAAAUCAUCAAUAAAAGCAGAUAAAUGCAAUUAAAACAUUUUAAAAUAAUUAGAAUUAACAGUUCAAAAGAUUAAAAUGUGUCAGCAUUUAUUUGUCUGGGUAGACUUACAUAAAUGAAACUUUCAAGCCAGUGGUGCAAAGAGUUCCCUGGGAAGUGGAAUUUCUUGUUAAAGCAUUCUGGAAAUUGUAGUUGUGUGAGGAGAAAUGUUUAAAAUAGCACAAUACUUCUUUAAAUGUAUAAUGCACAUGGGACCUUAUAUUUUGUACUCUGGGAAGCAGGGUGCAGCAUUUAUGUUCACGUCAAUUUAUUCAUCUCACUGAGUGUUACAGACAUAUUUUUUAACUUGGUAGUUUCUGUGUUGCAAUUUCUGGGAUUGGAAAUUCUCACCCUUUCCUCCAUUUUUAAUAAUGUAACUUUAAGGAGAAAUCACAGAUUUUAGCAGCUGUGGCUUUUCAUGUGGUUAUAUAAGGCAGUGUGCAUGCAACUUUAGAUAAGACGCUUUAAAGUUCCAUUUCAACUACUCAUAUAUUGCACCCACAAAAAGCUGUCAUAUAAGUGGCAAAACCAUCAUUUACUUGGGCUCUGUCUUGGGACAAUUGCUGGCUCUGUUCUGAUAAAAUGUAGAAGUCUUGUGUCAGAAUGAAUAUGCUGUUAUGAGCAAAAAGAACAGGUCAUAUUAGGACAUGCUGCAGCAUUUAAUUUCUGUGGAAGCAAAAAAGCAGUGUGCAAAUUUAGUAUCCCCUCAGUGCAAGUGAGCUCCUGUUAGGGAUCACUCUGGCUCCCACUCUGGGCCCUGGGCAAAGACAGUCAGUGUCUCCCCUUCCGAGUACCUUGGAGGGGAUGCUACAUGUGAUUAGCACAAAGACUCCAGGCUGGUGGCUUUGCCUGAUGUUUCCUGGGGUAAAGGAGAAAGCACUUUGUUGCUUUGGGAUUUCAGUCAAUCCUGUAUGAGGGAUGGUAGCGGAGAGUUUAUUAUCUGGUCUCAUUUCCCCCCUGCCUCCAGUAGUAAACCACUGUCAUAUCAGGUCUUUUAAUUAUUUUUAAUAGAUGUAUUCUAAACUGUCGAUCUUGACUUUCACUACAGUGAACACUCAAUUUAGUAGCUCCCCCACCCUUUAAAUUGCCAUAUACUAAUGUAAGGGACAGAGAGGUGAUGGCCCGGGUACUUGUCCAUAUUGUUUUGACAUUUACGUCCAGCCUAAUGCUCUUCACAUACUUCAGAAACAAACAUGCUGGUAUUUAUAGUCUGCUGACAUGUAAGAUGUGGUUAUAAGGGGGAAGGAAACAAAUCGGCAUAAAUUGAAAUAAUCCCGACUCCUUACCUCUUACUGUCCAGAUUCUCCAGAGUGAGUAUGUUAAAAUUUGGGAUAUGCAAAUAAACUGUUCAAAUCUUCUGACAAGCAAUAGUAUUGCUUCUAGAGUUGUAUCUUUUGGGACAUUGUGAAGACACUGUUUCCUGUUUGCAGCAGUUAGUAACAUGAAUGAAAUGUUUGUUUGAUUUAGGAACUCUAGAGGUGGAGAGGAGUGCCAUUCAGCAAAAAUAUAGAGGAUCUGCACAAGGAGAUACCAUGUCUGCAAAUUUCAUUUCUGUCCGGCUUUGCAACCCAAUUACUUCUUCACUGUUCAUGAGUAUUUAUUUAGAUUCCGACACCAACCUGCAAAACAGUCUUCAGUCACACACUGUUUAUUUGCCCAAGUUGCUUUUUCUUUUUAUUAUGAAUGGUGGCUGAUCUUACAGGUCCACCCCUACCUUCUUGUCUUAAGUCAGCUGGCAACUGGGAUUGGCUCUCCCAAUUUGGAUGAGAUUGCAGAACAAGUUAGUUCACUUAUAAAUUGCUUCCCUCAACAGAGUGUCUGGAAGCAACUUACAAGCAUAGAACAUGAUGACACAAUUAAAAAAACAAAAACCUUAACGCCACAAAAGUUUUUUCCUCUUAAGGAAAGACACUGGCAUGUUGAGCAAUCUCCAUGUCUUUGCCAAAUGUGCUAGACAGGAAAGACUGUCACAAAAUUGCACUAGCAGUUUUAGAACAUCCUGGUGUGUGUCUGUAUUGUAGGAACAACAGAUCUUAGUGCUCUGUAGGUGGGAUUGUACCUCUGCUGGAGGCAAUAUUCAGUCACCUUGAGUGACCAGACAGUAAUCAAACUGCAAGCUUGUUUUGUGAGAAUGAAAUUCGAGUCAUGGCUGUGGGGCAAGAAUAAUCCAAGAAAGUUCAAUUGAGGAAUGUUGUGUGCUUAUCUUCAUAAAGCCAGAGGAUCUGUCACUCAGCUGUGAUGAGUACAGAAGAAAGUGAUUGGGGUUACAGGAGCAGCCUACCCAUGUCCUUUGUGGGGCACAUGUUGCAAUGUGUGGUGGGAUAACAUUAUAUGGCACCAUGUGGAACAGCCUUCCCCAAUCUGGUGCCCCCCAGAUGUUUCAGACCAGCCUUUCCCAACCUUGGCACCCUAUAUGUUGUUGUACUACAACUCCCUUCACCACUGGACCUGCUACCUAGGGAUGAUGGGAGUUGUAGUCUAGCAGCAUAAGGGGACUCAAUAUUGAGAAAGGCUGUUUUACACUAAUUCCCAUCAGCAUGGCGUGUGGUCAGGGACAUCUGGAGAACGGGCUGAGGAAGGCUGGUUUAGAGAGUACAGCUGAGGCUACAACCAUGGGAUGUUAGCUUUAGCUUUUGACAUCCUCAUGCCUCUUCACUUCUGUUUGGUAUCUGCCACUUUGCAGGAUCAAGAAUUUUGACUACUUCUAUUUUGGGUGAUAUCCCUACUCCAUUGUUGAAUUUACUCCCACAUGGUUCUCCCACCACCCCCUUGGGUGUGUUUCAGGUAAAGCUUAACUUCAGUAAAACCAACUGCUGUUCACAAGGCUCCAUUUCACAUAAGGUUGCUUAGAAAUCAGAAUGACAAAAUAGCUCCAAUUGCAGAUUUUUAUGGGCUUAUAUGUUUCUUCAAGAUUAGUUUAUUCCAGUCUCUAAUUCUGAGCAAAGGGACUGGCUGCUCUAGUUUAUUUGAUAAUAACCAUAUGUGCUGAACAAAUAAGCCACAAAAAGCUACGUGUUCUAUUUUUUUCUAUAAAAAGCAAUUUAAUGUGCUUAAAUGAGUAUAGUAAUCUCAGGUAUGCGGAGAACAAUUUUUGUGCUGAGCAGCAAUAAUUUGCACCCUACAGAGCUUUUUCUUCAGUUCAUGUUUUUAAAGGAUCUGGAGGCCUGUGAAUGUUUUAUUUUAUGCCCUCGGUUCUUAGCCAAGGAUAAUCUUCAGAAAAGAUCAGGAGUUGGGCCUUAGGUUUGUGCACCCUUUUAAACAUUAAAAGAAGUGAAUGACCAGAUUAGGAGAUUUUAUUCUGAGGGUUUCAUUCUCUUUCAUCAAGAACUAUUCUACAUUCCAAAACGGGAACCUCCCAAUUUAUUGCUCACUUUCCCCUGAGGUAAGGGAAUGGAAGACCCUGUGCAAGAUUGAGGCCUAAUUCAUUUCAUUCCUGGAGGAUAACUCAUCCAAAGGCUGGGAUGGGAAUAAUGUCGAUGCAGGCCUUGAGAUGUCCAUGUAGAAGUUGUUCUUUUUGUGCAGCAGUGCAGGUCAAUAGUAGAAGGAUCCAAGCUCUAGAAUGUAAAUUCUUCUUCCCCAUCUUUAUCAUGGUCAUGGAAAAACUUGUAGAAGAAUUGUUCUUGUAAGUAAUAUUUUACUCUAAGGUAAAUUUAUUAAAAUAAUGAGAAAUUUGGGCUGUGAUUCCCGAAACCAUUUUAACGGAGAAUACUUCCAAUUAAAUGGUUGGUUCUUUUAAAAUGCAGGUUUUUCCAGCUGUACAAAUCCCCACCCCUAGAAGAAGGCAAAUGAACUCAAAGGCACUCUGUUCCUGGCUUACACCCUUAAUCGGUCAAGUUUUUGCCAUAGAAAUCACUAGCUAUUACCUACUAUCCAUUGAUGAUUUUUUUUUAUUUGCCCUAGACUAACAGGUGCAAAAACAGGAGUAUUUUAAGGGUAUAUACAAGGAUGUGACGAAGUAUUUCCUGCCCAAAGAUGAAAGUGAAGAAGAGGAGGUUCUGGCCCCCCAAAAAGAAGGGAAUUUUAAAUUGAGUUUGAGCAGUUUGUUUCAAAUAUGGAAACUGAGCACAUUCUAUACAUAUAUAUUUGGCGUACAUGCCAUCGGUGACACUACCUAUCAUUUAAGGGCUUAAUAAAACACAUAUGCCUAAGAUGUCUACUUCCUCUCCCCUCAUUUUUCCAACUGCACAUUAUCAGCUUUCCAGCAGCACAUUUUUCCAACUCUAGAUUUUGUGCCAACUACACACUAAAAAAACCCUUUGUUAAAUUGUGAUGUUGGUCCUACCUGAGGUAAUAAAACUAAAACCUGUGGAUUGCAGCCAUAAAGCUGCAGUCAUAACUUUCUAAAACAGAAGGAAGUGUCCAUCUUAAGGAAAGUCUGUCCGUGAGAAAGGGUUGUAAUUACAGUUGUGUUUCUUUGACUCUAUUUGUAACACAAGUGGUUUAUAAAUGUUGGUCUACCAUAUUAACACAUUACCAUGCUGCAAUAAUGGCAGUAGUGCCAACAAUACUAGCUUAUCACCUCUUUGGGUUGAGUAGCACUUGACAUUGCUCCUUAGAAUCCAUCUUCCUGCCUCACCUUAAAGGAGGAACACAAUCUCUUCCUCUUGACAUAAUGUACUAGGGUAAGGGCUGUUCUAUUUACUGAUGUGUAUAAUAUGGUACAGCUCUCCUGCAAUUGUAUCAAUUCAGAACGAAGGUGUGGAUAACAUGAUUAAAGGUACUCAAUGUUAAAAAAAGCUUUUCAGUGUAGGAAAUUAACUCAUAAGUUAGGAUUUGAGAUAUACUAUCUUUCCUUGUCUCCGGAGUGUUGUAGCUUAGUUCUUGGGAAGCAAAUUGGGCCUUAGGACAAAUAUGGUAGCUGCAGCAAAUCCAUUGCAUCAGUUGGCCAGCUACAUAUUAAUGCUGGAAUCUUAAUCCACCUACCUGGGAACAAGCCCAACUGAAUUCAGUAGGACUAACUUCUAAGUGAAUAUGGUUAGGAUUGUGCUAUAAAUAAUCAUUGAUUAGUUUCCCCCCCUUUCCCCCACAAAAGCAAUUAAAGGCUGUAGAGUAAUAAAUAUUGAGCCAUUCAAAUAGUCUGCAAUUAAAAUUAUUGCAGCAGAAUGUGGUAAUUAUAACAUUUCCCCCUGCAGUAAACACGUAUCAUUCUUUCUUUCUGUAGGAAGAGACUCAUGAAGUAGUUAGUUAUUAAAGAAGUUAGUCUAAAUAGCCCCAGGAGUAGCUUUUUGGAACACCGAGUACCUGAGAUCUAGGCCAGUCAGAUAUUGCAUUUUUUUGUGUUGCAGUGGAGACUAUAAGGUUUAGCUUUGGUUUUAGUUUUUUUAUAUGUGGUUUAACUUAGAAUGUUGGUGGAAUGCACUGUCACUGUCAAUCUUGCUGUCAGGAUUAAGGCCUUCAAACUUGAAAAUUUUUCAAGGUGUUACAUACAACAAAUGCAUGGUGAAUUAAUAUUAGGGCUAGAGUAUACGAGGCAGGGGGACUAAUAAUGGUCACUAAGAAAAGGGGUUGGGGGCUAAGUGAGCCCAGUGGGAGUUUUGUCCAGCUCUCUUGGCUUCUGAAUUGUCACCAGACAUAGCAUGGGUAUUUUGGAACUGUUCUUGCAAGUGUUCAUGCUAGAAAUGAGCUUUAAAAAAUUGCAGGUAAAGGGCAGUAUAUAAAUUCAGUCAAUCAAUCAUUCAGUGCAGAUCCAAUUCCUUUUUUUUCUUUUAAAAAUAGUCUUUAUUAGGUUUUCAAGAAAAAGUGAAUACAUAAGUUGAAUAAGUUAUCUGUUGAAUGCCGAUACAAUUGCAUUGCACUAUAGUAUUUCCCUCACUCAGCAAACAAACAUACACAGAGCUAUUAUAACAAAAAAAUCAAUUAAUUAGUUUAAUUGAGGCAAAACUAACAGACUGUUUGGUUCCAAGUAUCUUAAAAAUGUCCCAUACCCCUCAACAGGUAAGUGUAGCAAAGAAAUAGGAAUUUACACGCAAACAAUAAUACAUACGAAAAGAGCAGUUUGGGUCAAGAUGGCCACACCCUCAUAUAAUGUGAAGAAGGAGAGAAAUAGUUUUAUAACUAACGAAGGUGAUAAAAUCAUACCACUCUUCCACAAGAUAAACAUUCUUUGCUUGUCCCUAAUGGCUUUACAAUCAUUAUUUUUUUAACACAUUAUUGAGCUUUUCCUAUUUCAGUCUUCUUUGUUGUCUUCUGCUUCCCUACUCCUUUACCUCUUAUUUUUCAGUAUUCAGCUGGAAUGUGUUUAAUCUUUUUUAAACUCCCUGAAGUGAAUGGGUACUUAAAGUCCUGCUGCAUGGCUUGUAGAUGAGAACCUUAAUUUUGUAAAAGUUCAGUUGUCAGGUCUAUAUGUCAUAAGCCUAUGCAGGCACAUUCCAGAGGUCAAACUGGGGUAAGUAGGUCCUGGUGCCAUCUUAUAGACUUGAGAGCCAAUAGUCUUCCUAAUAUUAACAAAUGCAUUUAACAAUUCAGGUUUCACAAUAGAAACUCAUUUUAUAUUGAUCAUGUUAGUAACUCUCAGUUGAUAUUGGGGAUAGUAUGUUUUAAUAGUAAUAAUGCUUGGUUUGGUAUUAGUCUUACAGUUAACCUUUGUUUACAAAGUAAGGGCGAUGCUGACUUAAGUAUGUAUGAGCUUCAUGGAUUAAAGGUCGAGGGAGAAUCUAAACUGUUUCCCCCUACAUGGUGUUGAAGUAUUGGGUUCUAAAAUAUUUUCUUUGCUGCUAAAUACUGUGCCACACCCGGUUAGGAAAGCAAAUUCCAGCAGUGAAACGUGUGAGUUCCAAUGAAAAUAUGACAUUGUGAAGAUUGCUUUUGGCUUUGGGAAAAAUUCAGUCUCUACCCAUGGUGAAAAGGGGCAGUUUUCUGCUUUCCUGGGUGAAGUCAAACUAGCAGGCCUUGAAUAUAGCAAGCUGUCCAGACCUUCCCCAAAACACGUGCUUGGACGUCUACAUUCCACAGCUGUGUGUGCAGGAGACACUCUGUACCAGUCAAUAUUGGUGUCAGAGAGAUUUGAGAGAGGAUUUUCCUUUUAAUGUCAUCUAGAGAUCACAGCACAUGAACAAAGAAGAUGAUAUUGUGAGGUCAACUGUUGAGGUUGCAGUUGGGUCCUGUCUUUUUCCCAGGGUUGUAUUCCAGCCCCGUGUCAUACACCAUUUUGGUUUCAGGCUAAGUUUGAAAUUGAUUUAAUGCUGGAGUAAUUCACUUCAUUAGUAAGCUGCUUGCCAUGUUUGAUAAUAUUUUUAGACAGGACAGAUUUUACUAAGCUGCAGAGUUCAGAUGAGCGCCCUUAAAGCCGGUUCAGGGAUUACAGUGGUAAAUUCAGCAGUUGAUUUCAUUAGCAAGCAGUUUCCUAGAUCCAAAUUGUCCUUUUUAGAACUUAAAAGCCAGAUCCAAAUGCAACUUGUUUGUUCCUCUUUGUAUUCUGAAGAAAUAGUAGUGACAAAUGGGAGCACUGGCCAAUUUUCAGCAAAUGAAUCUUUGCUCUGGAUAAACAGGGACUUUUCUUGGGAGUAAAUGGGAAUCCACUGUUCGUCUGGAGCAUUGGGAAAAGGUAUGCUUAUAGUUUCUAUGCUUUCUCAACAUAGUGGGAAUUUGUUUUGACAUACAGCAUUUGCAAACUUUAAAGUUAGUUUGUUACCGAUAUGACAAACUGUAACCUGGAUUAUUGAUUAUUUUUGCAUGAUGUCUCUUGGGUUUUGAAUUAGAAGUUUGACUUAUGGUGGCUGUCCUGAAUUUUUUUUAAAAAAGUUCCCCUGAUUUCUUUUAAAUAAAUGUUACAUUUAUGGUUUACAGCAAAAACAGAGGAAGCUGCCUUGUCAGAUCAUUGGUCUGUCUCACUCAGUAUUAUCUACACUGACUGGCACUUUCAAAUGAGGCAGUUUCUGAGGACAUACCUGGAGAUGCUGGUUAUUGAACCUGAGACCUGUAUGCAAAGUAGAUGCCCUGCCACUGGGGUAUGACAGAUGUCUGACAUUCUAACCACCUGUUAGGACUUGCACAUAUACUAGGGUUGCCAUAUUUCAAAAAGUAAACUUCCUGACACCCACAAAGUUGUUGAACUUUUUGGGGGAAGCCUCUCCCCAAAAUAGUGAUUUUAAGCUUUUGGAGCUGUUUCCGCUGCUUUUCCCACCACGUUGCCAUACAUCUGGAUUUUUCCUGACAUUUUGCCAAUUCAGCAAAAUUCCCCCAACGCCAUUUUUACACCCAAAAACCAGGACAUGUCAGGAAUUUUCCUAACGUAUGGCAAGCCUAACAUGUACCAAAUGCUUCUUGCUGGAACUUCAGAUUAACAAUAACAUUGUUACCUCUGCCACCCACCUUAGUUUGUUGCCUUUUCCUUGUGCUUUUCUCAGUUCUCAAAGUUUCUGUUCUGCUUUUAAGGAAACCCCCUUUGAUGUAUUGCCACAUAUAUAAACACAUUCAUUGUACGGAGGCCCCGUCUAAGCUUAGAUUAACAUCUUGAUUUGUAGCAAAUAGAGGAGUCUGGAUUUUCAACUUCAGGUCUUCUACUGACCACCAAAAAUCAGCAAGCCUGCAUCACACAUUGUGUUGUCCAUCCAGUCACUUGAAGAUAGCUUUCACUCACUUCUAGGUCAGCUGUACUACCAAUAGUACAGAACACAAUCAGCGGUAGAUCCCUUCAGACACUUCUUUGUUGCUUUAUAGGAUCGGAACAGUUAUUCUGCCUUAUAGGAUUGGGACAGUUAUGGUGCACAUAGGUUUAUUAUGAAAUUUCAUAUUUAAGCUACCGUUUCUCAAACUGCUUCUAGUAGUAUAGCCAGUCUUCCUGCCAUUGUAUCUUGACACCAACUUCGUGAAGCAGACUGUCCAAAGGUCACUAGUAAGUUUUGUGGCUAAGCAAGGAAUUGAAUCUAGGUCUUGCUGUAACUGCAGACUGCUACACCACACUGAGUUACUGGCUAAUGAUCAAGUUUCCUUAUAGAUAUGCUGAUUAAAAGGCCUUUGCUUGGAUGCCACAGAACAAAAGCACUUGAGGUAUAGCUGAAAAGAGGUGGUAUACACACAGAGACACAGACACACAAACCUAAACAAGCAAGCAUGCAUGCAUACAGCAGACAUCCUAUCACCUAUGCUGAGAAUGGCUGUAGCUGCCCUGCCAGUUGAGGGCACUCCUUUUCUGACAUAGUUCUGUAGCCCCCUUUUUCUUAGGAGGAGAAGGUAUUUUCCUCACAUGCACAGCUAUCGUUUGUCUGAUUAGGUAGUUGCAGAAGGGAGGCUUUGUGGCUCUUGGGGCAGGCAAAAGAGCCUUUGGCAUCAGUUCACAGUUCCCUCUUAAUUGCUCAAAGCUUUGUGGUCUGUGUUACAUAGAGUUCACAGGACCAGAGUGCAGCUUUACCUAGCCUGUAAAAUCUUGUUGAAAUCUCAUUUGCAUUUUUAUUUAUUUAGCAAACUUUAUAUACCACUUGAUAAUAAAUAAAACUUCUAAGCGGUUUGAAAAAUAAAGCAGACAUUAAAGUUAUAUACAAAAUAAAUCUGUAUCUCUGUCAACUUGUGUGUACUUAUUUUAUACUCACUGUAGUCCUUGAUUCUUUCAGCAGCUAAAUUUCUAAGGACUUCUUGGUGGCCCCAAGUGGUUAUUUGAUCUCUCAGACCUAAUGCAGACAUCUGCUCCCCCCUCCACUCUCUGCCUCUGGUGCAGUGGUGAAGAGGAAACCAGAAACAGCAGUUUUCAUUUUAAACUAACCAUACAUUUGUUCUGUCCAUUUUGAUUAAAUAGUUUGAAGAAUAGCAGUCUUGGGAGGAAAAUCCAUCUUCUGAUACCACUACAAUUGAAAUGAAGUGAAGUUUGUGUUUGUGCUUAAAUCGUGAGUGAUUUCAUGGUAGUUGAGAUGCCCAAGUUGUUUUUUAGAUUGUCAAAGAUGCUUCAUAGUUUUGUGCUAGUAUAGCAGCUGAAAUUCCACUCUAGUUGGUCAUGGAAUAAUGUAAAGAUAUUACGUAGACGCUCUUCUGAAUAAAAAGGAAGCUGUAACAAUUAAAGCCCCUGUGAGCCAAUUUUUUACUUUGGGCCACUCUCCGUUUUCUCAGAGGAGAACUGGUUUUUCUGUGUGGCCUCCAGUUGUUGAUUGCUAGCCUUCAUGUUAUAGCUGAUGGCUUGUCUGGUAGUGCUAUAGAGUACAGUUUGUAUUCCUGUGCUUUUCUGACUGAAGGAAAUGGUAUUAAUUUACCAAUAUAUCCCUUUUGGUCUAAAGAUCUUCACAAUUGUGACUGCUCAACAUUUACAGUUGCUGACGUCUACUGAAGCCUUGAAUACUGCCAUAUAACAUGCAAUUAAUGGGACUUGACAAUGCAGUACUUAAAAUGUCAGAGGCCAAUGAAGCUCUGCCUUAACAAGAACAAAUUCUUUUGCUCCCUGUGGUGGUACCCUUAUGGUGAUAGCAAUGGUAGGUGAUGUGAUAUGAGGGAAGCCUAAUUUAGGCGGAUAAUUUUGAAUGCUCUUUCAUCCAUUUUGGUAUCUACUUAUUGUGCUUUUCCCAUUUUUGAAUGUCACAGCACUUCAUUAAUCCUAUUCGUCAUGCUUUUGUUCUGAGGGAAGCAUGGCUCCUACACAUCAGCUGUGGCAAAGAACAUGUACCUUUAUUGGGCUAGUGAAAACAGCUCAGGGGGCCUGCCAAGCAGGGGAGGGGGAGAAACAUGGUAGAUUGAAUUCAAUCAAGCCAAUGUAAACAGAUUAUUUUAAAUCACAAAAGAAAAUAGACUUUCUUUAUUUUGUCCUGUUGUAUAAAUCAAACUAACUAGUUGCUGUAGCAUACUCCUUAUAAACCUAGAAGAAUAAUCCAAAACAGUUGGGUGUUUAGCACACAUGCUUUGUGAACUACAGGAUCAUCUCCUUAGGGGCAAAUUUGGGCAAUUGUGAAAUAAACACAAUUGUAUGUAUGCAUAGACCCUAAGAAAGAACACUUGAAUUAUGGCUAAAUGCCAAAUAACUUUUCAGAGGCUGGGGUUAGUAAUUACUGAGCAGAUUAGUGUUUCUCUGUGAGGUGAAAAGUAAGAGAAUUGUCCAGCAAAACUUAAUUCUCAUUUAAUUUUAUGGAAGAGUAAAUCAUUGAAUUAAUACUCUCCCUUUUUUAUGUUAAUAGGACUUAAAACUUGGUUGUCCUGUUUAGUUGACAUUCUUCAAUGCUCACACUCUGCCACAGUUAAUACAUACACUACUGCAUCAGUAUAAUUCUUGAUCAGAGGCCGCCCCCCCUUCUUAAAUGGAAAGCAAACUUUAAUUCUUUCUGUUGUAGUAAUUAAUGGAUUCUAUUUUAAAAGGUUAUGUGAACUUUUGUUUGUAUUAUAAUCAGAUUUCAUUUUCAGAGACACUAGAUUUGAGUUUUAUACAUUCUGAAGACAUGUGGAGCAUUGUCCUCUACUGGAUUUGGCUUUCAUUCUUUGUUGCACUAAUUCUUUCAACAAUUGAAAGGGCCGAAACAUUAAACUUUGUUCAAGCUGGAAUACUUCUCCCUUCGGGUUUCUCAUCCAGGAUUUGAUUUGCUGAGUAUCAUUCAUUGAUAAGAUCUGAAUGCAGUGCAGAGUCUCUGGUAACUCACCAGCUAAGUAUGAUAGAUUGGUGUUUAGCAUGGGAAAUACUUUUGAACCUAGUUUUUAUUGGUUGGUCUUAUCAGUGAAAGUUACAAAGAUCUAUGCUAGGCAUUUAUUAAAUAAGGAUUAGACUGAAAUAAAGCGAACAGGUUUAUGAAGAAGGGAGUUCAGCACAAUGAAUUGCUUACUAAAUCUCACUCAUAAACAUACUUCCUGACAUGGUGAACAAUGUGCUGUUCCUCUAGGACUUAAAAUAGCAUUGGACACAGUCUGUAGGGAUUGGUUUGUUCAAAGUUCACUUGUUUUUGUUCCUAGACCUGGAUGAAAUCAGAGGGCAAGGUUGAAGUAGGCUCUUGGUAGCACUCUUUUCAGCAAAGGGGGAUGAACUUUUUACUAACUUACUAACCUAUUUUUUACUGUUAGGUUUUAGUUAAUGACCUCCCUUUUUGUUUUUGAAUUGUCACUAGUUAUUUUGCUGCUUGACAUUAGUGAAUUGUUUCAGAUACGACACUAAGCCAUGAUGGGAAUCCAUUAAUUUUUGCCAAAAACAUUGUUAAAGCCUGCAUUUGAAUAUAAGAGAGAGAAAUGGGGGGGGCUGCCAUAAAUUUUAUUAUUGAAAUAAUUUUUGUGCAUUAUGAAGUUCAGAGCUUAGAAAAGCACCCUUCAGGCCAUAAUGGUUGAAAGAUAAGAGGCAAGCCUUUUCCGUUAUAUCCAAGACUUCUGUUUUUCCAGUUCUGGUUCUUGGCAAUCUCAUUGCUAUCAUGCUGUUCUUAAGGCCACACAAGCAGCACAUGGGGCUGGUUUGUUGAAAUAAUCAAAUCACAUGGUGAGAACUGUUAUGAUCCUUGAACUAUGUGCUUUGUAGAAUUCAGGGCAGGUUCUAUAUUUUGAAUCAGUUGGGAUCUUCAGGUUCUGUUCUAGUUUGAUGUAACUUGCUUUAUGAAUUAACUAAACUAUAAAUGUAUAAAACAAGCCUUUUUAAUAGAAUUGCUAGAUCACUUUUUUUUUAUUUGUAUCUUGGUGAGUGAGUGACAGGGGCUAUCUCAAAAACAAUACAGGGAAGUUUUGCAGCAAAUAUUUGAAUUGCCAGUAGUGUGGAGGUCCAAGAUAAUGUCACUCCACUUUGUUUCCUUCUCUCAGCCUCUCUGAUUCUGUUUUCUCUUAUUGUUGAGGGAGAAGAGCCGCUGAGUGGGGAGGAGAGAGGGACAGAGAGCCUGCUUCUUUAAAGGAGCAAAGUGGGAGAGGAGAGGAGCCGCUUACACGGUUGGUUCCUUUAAAGCAAGCAGGCUCUCUGUCCUCUCUCCUCCCCACUCAGCUCGCUACAUAGCAGCAAAGUUUUUCAGCUCGCUAAGCCAGGGAUGAGCAGGGAGGAGGAAGAAAAGCAGAGCCUGCUUGCUUUAAAGGAGCAAAGUGGGAGAGGAGAAGAGCCUUCUCCCCUUAUACCCCUCUUCUUCAUUAUUAGCAGCAUCCUUCUCCACACACCCCAUGCGUGCUCCUUGUCCCUUGAGUGCUUUUCCUUCUCUCCCCACUUAAAACGUGGUUACAAAGCACGGAUCCACAUGGAUCCUCAGGAUUUUUGCAUUGGGCUACUCCAAACUCACUGUCAGAUCACAUGUCUGUGGCCACAGCAUGAACCACAAAAAUCAUACAUCCACUGUUUCAUUUAGAAUAUGUUUUUUCUUGUUUUCCUCCUCUAAAAACUAUGUGCGUGUUAUGGUCGGGUGCAUGUUAUAGAGCGAAAAAUACGGUAUAGGGGCGGGGGAGGGAAAUUCACUUUUUGCGCAGAGAAACCGGAAUAAAAGAGCAAGCCUUUCUCCUAAUGGGUUUGAAUUUUAGCAAACAACAUUCUUCCCUGGAUUGCUUAGUUGUUUGUCUUUGUGGAAUGUGUGGAGAAGUGAGCCUGCUGAAUAAAAUAAAUAAAAUAAAGUGGUAUAACUAUGUAUGUCUUCUUACUCCUUUGCAUUUAGCAAAUCCAGUUUGCGGAUGAUAUGCAAGAGUUCAGCAAAUUUCCAACCAAGACUGGUCGCAGGUCUCUUUCUCGGUCCAUUUCACAGUCUUCCACUGACAGCUACAGCUCUGGUAGGUGUUUUUCUUUUCCAGACCUUUUAUUUCCUGUUUAGCUGAUAUUUUGAGCAAUAACCCUGACCCCAGACUUAAAGGCAAUUGCUAACUUUCUUUCUGACAACCUCAUUCAAGAUUUUCAAAAGUAUUGCAAAAUACUGGAAUGCAUGACAGUUGGCAGUGCUAGCCUUAUAGUUAGGGAUGCAUCUCUUAGGAGAAACACCACUCUUUCUCAAAACUUUGGCACAUUCAGCUAUGAGCCAUAGUGGCUGCCAUCUUUUGUACCCUUUCAUGGUCUCUUGGAAAGCAAAGCCCCUUUGUAUACCUCUGGUUUUAGUGAUUACAAGUCAUCACCUUUUCCUGUUCAGUUGCACGUAAAGCUUGAAAGAGUCCUGUAGUAUCCCUUGUAGCAUCCCUUGUGCAUGUAUACAAUACAUACCUUUUAGUUCUGUCGUGUUCUAUGGUAGUUGACAUGGAUUUAAGAAAUUUAAUUCCAAUUAUUUCAGUAGAUCUACUUCAAAUAUGACUUCAAUAAAUAUCACCCCAUGUAUUUAUGCACUGCUCUACCUUUACUGUAAAGCAUCCUUGUAAGGUGUUUUAAGGACUUGGUAUGUUAGAAAGGAAGCCUAUUUUUUAAUAAAAAAAACUAAAAAUCUGCCUGCCAAUAAUUUUCAAAGAAUGUUGAUAUCCUGCAGUAUUUGAAGCACACACGGUGCCACCUUAUGCUAGUGUGUAUAAGCCAAGAAGUGAAAAAUUUGCAACAGGAAACCAGAUUGACCAGGACACUUCCACUGUUUUAAGAUGAAUGAUCAGAAUGAAGUUAAAAUAGCACAGAUGGUAAAAUGUCAGUCCUUAGUAAGAAAUACGAAUUGUCUUUAUUUCUUUCGUGUAUACUCCUUUCUUACCAAACACUUCUGUUUUGUUCUCUAGCGGCAUCCUACACAGAUAGCUCUGAUGAUGAAGUUUCCCCAAGAGAAAAACAGCAAACUAAUUCGAAGGGCAGUAGCAAUUUCUGCGUUAAGAAUAUCAAGCAGGCAGAGUUUGGCCGCCGAGAGAUAGAGAUUGCUGAGCAAGGUAAAGAGUGAGCUGCUGAAGCUUCCUUCUCCUUUGGGUACCACAAAUUAUAUCCUGUUCGUCAGCAAACCCCCUUGGUAGUAGAUUAGCUGUGUCAAAAUGUCAGCAAGCAAUGUAAACUUAAAACAAAAACAAAACCUCUCAGGAUUGUUUCAACAGGUGUUGCUAAUGAUGCCACUUUCAACUGUCUAUGUGCUCAGUCUUGUGAACAACAGCUGAUGGUCUAUACAUGAACAGUCCUUUUUUACCACUUCUGUGUUAGGGACAAAUUAAAAGGCCUUUGUAUUCCUUAUAUUCCUUUCCAUUUAGGUUGCAGCCUUGACAACUUCCAGCCUUUUCUGACUGCAGUGUUAGGUUGCCAGCAUCCUUCACUGACAUCCAAUCUGACAUUCAAGACAGUUGCCAUUACUGAUCUUUGCGUUUCUAGACAUUCUCACAUAUAUAAAUGUCUUUGAGCUGACUUACUAUGGGAACCCAAGAGGAUGACCAGCCAGUGGAUGGCAAAAGUUUCACUGAAAACUUCUCUUCUGCUUUUGUAGACAUGUCUGCACUGAUUUCACUUAGAAAACGAGCUCAGGGGGAGAAGCCUUUGGCUGGAGCUAAAAUUGUGGGAUGCACGCACAUUACAGCACAGACUGCGGUGAGUGCUCUGCAAUUUGCACACCAGCUGCCUUUCAUUUUAACUGCUACCUAUGCCACUCACCUUUGUCCCUUUCUGAAUAAAGAGAUGAGUGGAAAAGUGUCUCCGUUGUCUAAACAAGAGCAUUUUUGUUGUUGUUGUUGUUGUUUCUCAACCAUCCUGAUGUGUCUGUACACAAUAGUGUUCGGCAAAGACAUUUGCUGUUAUGGCAGUUCCAGGAUUCAAGUUGUCAGCAGUAUCCGCUGGGUUUGGCUGAUGGCUGCAAUGUCUUGCAUGGACUUGGGUAUGCCUGAUUUGAUUUGGGGUUGGGUCAUAACUCUGGGCUGGUAUUGGCCAAAUCGAGCCAGCUAUUUCUGCUGCGUUUUUGGUUGAUUAUGCUUGCAUCGCCCCCAGGUCUUGAUUGAGACGCUGUGUGCACUGGGAGCUCAGUGUCGUUGGUCUGCCUGCAACAUUUAUUCGACUCAGAAUGAGGUAGCUGCUGCCUUGGCUGAAGCUGGUGAGUACACGGCAGUGGCACAGAGAUUCGGUAUCAGAAUUAGAAAUGCAAAUUCUGUUUUUAUUAGGGUAGCUCUUACUACUUCUGUCAGACUAUUCAGUACAGAUGAAUACAUGAUGUACCGAGAAUAUUUGGCUGUGUUUGAAGCUCUGCUAUCAGAUUUGUACAGCUUGUCACUAACGAUGCAAGCUUCUGAACAAUUUAUUUAAAACAAAAUAAGACCGACUUUGUUUCAGGUAAUUACAUAAGAAAAGCCCUGCUUGAUCACAGCGGCUGACCAAAGGCCUAUAGCUAGCCCACAUUCCAGGCAGCUGGCAUUCAGAGGCACACUGCCACUGAUGGUGGAGCAAGAACAUAGUCAUCAUGGCUAGCAGCCAUUGGUGGAAGCAUUAUUUUUGAAAGAAGGACCAAAUUACUUAAUAAGCAGAAAUUUUGAAGCAAAAUUCCUCAGCCAUGGAAUAAGUGCAAUCUCAUUUGAAAGAAUUGUAGUUGGAUGUAGUCUGUCUUUAUGCACAUGGUGGCCUUGUGGAAAGAUUUUUGGUUCUGUUUGUAAAAUCACAAGUUCAUGCUUUAUCUGUGGAGCCAUCAGUUAGUCUGCUAGUAGACCUAUACUGUAUUUUAUUAGAUCUAAAUGUAUGGAAUAGCCAUGUUGUAUCAGUUGCACUUGCUUCAUGUUAGAAAUUGACGCAAAGACUUACUGCAAAUGAGUGGUUUAAGUACAUAAUUAUGUGGAAAUUAAACACAAAAACUGGUGCAGACAAUAGAACGAAGACAAAUUUACUGUUUUUUCAAAAAAGAUUUCUAUCAUUUUUCUGUCACUGCUGAAUUUUAUAAGCUUGUAUAACUCUAACCCGUAUGUCAGUUUGUACAGACUUCAAGGGGGGAAAUACUGUUGCCAACUUCACUGUCCUAAUAUUUCUGUAAAUUCUCUGCAUACCUGAGUUGUUGGGUAUUUUGCAAGCCCUUGUCAGAGAGACAUUCCAUAGCCAGAUGGACUCCGUUGACCCUGCUGGGAGAACCUAGAUUAUGCUAAGAGAGCUUGUUCGGCUUUGCUUUGCUUUAUUAUGUUCUGUAUGCAUCUCUUAUCUAAUGAAACUUCUAUCACAAUUCAUUUCUUAUGCUGAAAGUGCCACAGGACUUUGUCUUAUACUGGCUCUGUUCCUGCAUAUUCUGCCAAGAAUCCACUCUGAUAGACAGUUUAGAACUAGCAAGCUAGCUGCAACUGCUAUUACAUGUAUAGUUUCAAGAGAUCCCAAAGCAGAUUUUAGAUUGUACAGAAAAAUUGCUCUAAUGUAGUCCUUUUAAUACAAUAUAAUUCUUAACUAGGAUGUGCUUUAACUUAGUUACAAUUCAGUGACCAGAGAAAGCCUCCAGAGAUAAGUGUCUUGUUAUUUAUGUGCUGUAUAAAGAUAAAGUCUUUUCAGAUAGCCUGGUCACUUAAAUAUGCUAAACAGAUGACAAAAAAGGCAAUCCAGAAGAAAACAGUGGGGCAGCUUUCAGCAUGGGUUAGAUAAAAUGGGGUCGAGAGCUGCUUUGUGCCAGAACUGUGCUUAUUUUAAGUCUGCUUCAAGCAGCACUGCUAUAAUAAUGAUCCAGCAAAUUCAUUUUCUUUCGCUAGGUGUUGCUGUAUUUGCCUGGAAAGGAGAAUCCGAGGAUGACUUUUGGUGGUGCAUUGAUCGCUGUGUUAAUGUGGAUACCUGGCAGGCCAACAUGGUAAUGGAGCAUUCUCCCAGGUUUCCCAUAUUCUCACACAUUUGUUAACUUCUCCUUUGGAAGUGUAUUUGGUGGCAUCCAAAGAGGUACUUUAGGCACAUCCAAGGGUUUUGACAUGCCCAUUGGAACUUCUGACUUCAUCCCUUUCAGCUGUGUAUUUUUCUGUUUCAAAAGAGGUUUUUCACAUGGGUGUGGAGCUAAUGUUUAGGAAAGACAUUUUUUGGACAUGCAGAACUAGUUCAGUGGUUCUUUGGAUCUAGUCUACGGGAUCACACUGUAUUUAGUGUUCAUUGUCCAGCCACAUUCAACCCCUUUUCAAGUUUUAUCCUCCAUUCUCUCUUCUCCAUUCAGUGGGGCUUAGCUGAAAGAAUGGAAAGGUGUAUUAUGAUUCAAUACUAGUUAAUUCCUGUCCAUUUGCAGCUCAAAUUGGGGGGUGGGGGUUAAGGUGAAAUUCACCCUCCGAAAACAGGCAGCCAGUUUGGGUGAUAUGAUGGGGAUUGGAGCAAAAUUACCAGCAGGGUCCUGGAGUGGGCUGCUGCUUCUUUAUUAUUUUGUUCUUCCCAGUUACAACAGCUCCUCUUUCAACCCUGCAGCCAUUUUGUUUCCCCCAGAAUGCCUUGGGCACACUGUGUGUGUUUGUGUGUGUGUUUUCUGCAGGGGGCAGGGGGGAGAUUGGUGGCUCAUGGCAGCUGCAUUCUUGAGGGUGAAUGGCUAGGAAAGGAACUCAGCUUUUUCUGUCACAAAAAACCUGUCCUGGGAUCAGUAUGGUGAAGGGUGGGUUUAUAAGUAUAAUGAAAUAAGUAAAGAAAAACCUGCUGCUCAUGGUCAGCGCCCACCCUCCACAAGCAUGGCGGUGAAUUUCACAUGUAUCAAAUCUGUAAAAUGCCACUCCUAAAUUUACCACCUUUAAAUGGGGUAUUUAAUUUGUUGGUGCAAAUUUGCAAGUCUCAAUAAUUGUCACAUUCAUACUCUGUUUAAAGCACAUCUCUUUCCUCAAAACAAUCCUGGAAAACGUUGUUUACUCACUACAAAGCUACAAUUCCCAAUACCCUUAAAAUAAAGUUCCCAGUCUUCUUUGGGGGGAAGACCUGUGCUUUAAAUGUAUACUGUGAAUGUGCCUGGUGAACCAGGGGACUGAAGCACACUUGUUGGUUUUGAGCGAGUCACUCUAUUUCAGUCUGACUUAUCUCUGAGGGUUGUUGUGAAGAUCAGAGAUAAACAGAGCUAUGUUGGAAGAAGGGCAGAAUUUCACUGGCAAGGCAGUCGUGAUAAUAGACAAAUAUAUAUAGAAAAUGAGAUUUUCUGAAAGGAGGAUGCUGCCUAAUGUUCCCUAGCUCUCAGUUAUCACACUUCUUGCACAAAGUUGAAUCAUUAAAAAAGAAAAGAAAAUGGCUCCUCCCCCCCCCUUAUGUAGAUUCUGUUAAUUGCCAUAUAGCUAAAUGACUGAUCAGAGUCACUAGAAACCAACUGAAUGUUUACACACGAUAGAAUCAUUCACAUUAAAAAAAACAACUAGGGAUUGCUCACUUCAUAGUAUAAUAAAUGGUGGCUCAUCUGUCUUAGAUUAUCUAUUUUUAAGAGAAUGUGAGAAUUACCUCUCAUAUGUGCUUUGCAUCUACUUCCCAUGAAAUUAAUUGCAUGACUUGUGUCCAUUGCUGCCAUUAUGCUUGCCCAACAUAUAUUUUCUUAUGCAACACAGCGUCUUGUCCUCUCCCCUGCAGUCCCCUGAGCACCCUCAAAAUCUGUUCCAGAGUGUUGGGGGACCCUCCAGAGCAGAUUUGGGGUGCAUGCAAGAAGAGGAAAGGGGAGUGCUACUGCAUGAGCAGAAUUCCACAUGUGCAGCAUUGGAUACAACUCUGUGUGUCUUUUAGAGUACUAUCAGCAGGACCCCAUACCCUUUGACUUGGUGUGCUAGAUAAACAAGAUAAGCAUAAAUCUGUACUGAAACAAUGCCAUUUCAUUUUUAAGGGGAAAUUCUGCUGUGGUUUUCCCUUCCUAAUAAAGUACAGUGGUGCCCCGCAAGACGAAUGCCUCGCAAGACGGAAAACCCGCUAGACAAAAGGGUUUUCCGUUUUUCAAUGCGCUUCGCAGGACGAAUUUCCCUAUGGGCUUGCUUCGCAAGACGAAAAUGUCUUGCGAGUCUUGAGAUUUUUUUUCGCUUCCCCCCCCCUUUUCCUAAGCCGCUAAGCCUUUAAUAGCCUUUAAACCGCUAAUAGCACUAAUCCGCUAAGCCGCUAAUAGGGUUGCUUCGCAAGACGAAAAAACCGCUAGAUGAAGAUACCCGCGAAACGGAUUAAUUUCAUCUUGCGAGGCACCACUGGAUUAGUAUACGCAAUGACUUCUUUGUUUCAUGUAUCUACACUAGCUCAGGAAAAAGCUUUUUGUUAAUAAACUUUGUUGUUACUGUAUAGCAAACCCCUUAGCUAUUGAUUGUUGUUCCAGGUUUGGUUUGGUUUUUAAGAUAAUCGGCUAUAGAUGAGCAUCCCCUAUUUCUUUUUCUGUCAGGUCAAUUAUGAAAAGGGUAGAUUAUCCUUACUCUGUACAGCUUGAACCAGUUUUCCAGCUUCCACCUGAAUUUGUGUGAUAAAAUCUAGUACUGGUUCUCUGGAAGUAUACCUUGUAGAAUUCGUAUAUUUCUAUUUAUAUGUUAGAAAACCAGGCCAGGUUUCUUGCUUGGACAACAUCGUGCACGAUAAUAAUGGUUUGUGAAGCGAUAUCAGAGUUCUGAUCCCUUAAUGGUUAUGUGACUUAACAGUUUAAUUGCCUAGAAGUAAUCCUGCUUUGUGCCUUAAAGUGAAGUUACAUGUGGCAUGCAGUAUAAAUAGCAGAAUAUCUUUGAGCUAAUUAUAUUUAUCUUAUUUUCAGAUCUUGGAUGAUGGGGGAGACCUGACCCAUUGGGUUUAUAAGAAAUAUCCAAAUGUAUUUAAGAAGAUCAGAGGCAUUGUAGAAGAGAGUGUGACAGGUGUGCACAGGUAAUCAGCCCCAAAGGAUCCUGCAAACCUUUGUCUGUCCUCCUUCAAUAUGAAGCUUUGGGAAGUUGUAGGGCCUUGCCCAUAUCUGGUAAGCAAGCAUCUAAAAAUUAAAGCUCACUUUUAAUCAUGAUGACCCUGUGGGAUGGUAAUAAGGAUGGGGGAGGAAUAAAUAACGCCAUAAAAGAGAAAGGUAUGGCUGAGGUAAGGCAGAACCUAGGGCCUUUUCUACCAUUUUAGUUCCCACACUGUUGAGCCAUGGGGCUUCUCAAGUUUAAGCUCAAAAAUUGACAUGUUCUUCGUGCAACAUUCCUCUGGUUCCCCUUUGCCACAUCUUAUUUUUAUAAAGAAGGAGGAAUGCAUUUUAAUGUCCCACUGACCAUUCUCUUUGGCCUGACUAUUCUUCCCUAUACUUUGGCUACUCAUAGAAACUGCAUGAGCUGCUGCUUGUUCUUUUUUCUCCUUUCCUCCUUCCCCCAUGGGUAUUUCAGUGCCCAGUACUUGGUACAGAUGCAUUCAGUGCUAAGUUACCAGUGGUCAUGAUUUUCAGUAUGGUUUAAAAGAAACUGGCUUUUGAGUCAGACGAUUGCUCCAUCCAGUUCCAUAUUCUCUACACUGAGUUACAGUGGUUCUUCGUGGUUUCUGGUAGGAGUAUUUUCCCAGUCCUACCAGCAAAUGCCAGGGAUUGAACUUGGGACUUUUUAUUUAUUAGAUCAUUUACUGUUUUGUAUUUUUUACCACUGAACUAUAUUUCACAGUUGAGUAUAAUACGGGGGAGGAACAUGUAUUUCUCUCUCUCCAGAAAUCAAGAGGCGUAGUCCAUUAAUCACUUUGGCUUACUCACUGAUGUGAAGCAUUUUAUUUUUAUUUUGCUAAUUACACAUAUGAUGGCUGUAGGAAGAUACUAAGGGUGCUAUGUACAUCAGGCCUAAAUACAGCUAAAUUCACCUAUUCUUUUUUUAAAAAAAUAAUAGGAACUAUAUAUUUACUGGAAGCAGAAGAUGUUUGGGGGACUCAAGUGUAUAUUAUAAGAACUGGUACUUCUGCUGUUACUUGAAGACAAGAUGCAGAGCUGAUUAAUAUGUGGUCCUCAGGCUGUUAUUGAACUCUUAACACCUGUCAGCCUUGCCGGAAUAGCCAGUGGUCAGAGAUGAUUGGGAUUGUCAUCUAGCAACAUCUGGAAGGCUGCAGAUUAACCACAAAUAUGGAGCUUGGGUGUUAGCCCAGGGAACAAAUUAAUGUUCAGCUGAUUAUCCUGUUUUUUCUCACAGUAUUCAGUUCUGAAAUCUUCUCUUUCUCUCUUUUAGGUUAUACCAGUUAUCAAAGGCUGGGAAACUUUGUGUUCCAGCUAUGAAUGUAAAUGACUCUGUCACCAAACAGAAAUUUGAUAACUUAUAUUGUUGCAGAGAAUCCAUCUUGGAUGGGUGAGUCUGGCACUCAGCUUUGGGAGUUGGGAGUUAAAACCCUCAGAAUCAGCCCCCAGCUUCCAUAUUUUUCCUAUUCAGCUCCUUGUGUUGUGGAGUUGAAUACUGCUGUAAUCGGGUCAUACUACUGUGGAAUUAAGAAACAUUGGCCACAUUAGGGCAUCUCAGUGAACUUUGGCAAGUCUUCAGCUCGCAUUCUCCACCCUCUCCUCCUCCUUUAUGACUGGGAAGAGGACUUCAGAAGCAUUUGCUUUUGGUUUCAGCUAAUUGCAGCUUCCCGUUUAACCCAAAGAUCUAGUUUACACUCAGGAUAGUUGGUUUACACAAGCCUGUUUCAUGAACUAGUGCCAGUGUGGUGUAGUGGUUAAGAGCGGUAGUCUCGUAAUCUGGGGAACCGGGUUUGCGUCUUCGCUCCUCCACAUGCAGCUGCUGGGUGACCUUGGGCCAGUCACACUUCUUUGAAGUCUCUCAGCCCCACUCACCUCACAGAGUGUUUGUUGUGGGGGAGGAAGGGAAAGGAGAAUGUUAGCCGCUUUGAGACUCCUGAAGGGGAGUGAAAGGCGGGAUAUCAAAUCCAAACUCUUCUUCUUCUUCUUCUUCUUCUUGCCAGCCAUAGUUCCAUAAACCACAGUUCCCAGUUCAGAUGAAACAGGAAGGCUCAGUUAGUUAAAAUCAAAAGUAUGUAAAUGCUUCUGAAGUCCUCUGGCCCAUGCAGGACAAGGAGAGGCAAGCUCCAGAUUUCCCAUGGCUUGUGCACGUUACAGUUUAUCGAGACAGCUAAGCAAAGCCAUUGUAUUGAGUCAAGCAUGUAUUUUGCAUGUGGUUAACUUCUCAAAAAGAGUCUCUUUCUCUCCCACAGCCUAAAGCGGACAACGGAUGUGAUGUUUGGAGGAAAGCAAGUGGUGGUGUGUGGCUAUGGUGAGGUGAGUUGUAGCCUGGCUGAUUCAGCAGCUCUCAUUAGUGUACAGUACAGUACAGUACAGUACAGUACAGUUACCUUAGCUUUAGGAUUCAUUACCUUCUGUAUUCAUGAUCUACCUUUUACUAGUAAUGACUCCUUAUGUGAUUACUAUAAGGAGCAUUAGGAACAACUUGUGUUGCAGCAGAAGAUUAUGCGUCCAAUUGUAAUGGCUCUCACGGUAAUUGCAAGCUGAUGAUACUAGCAAGUGUUUUCACAUCAUUAGAAGAGUCUCUACUCUCAGCUGUAUUUGUAACAGUAAAAUCUGGAAAGAAUUUAAGAGGUGAUUAGGGCACACAUUAUGGUUCAAGUGUGCUGAAAUUUGCGCAGGUAACAGUGCUUCAACAUGGGUGCUUCCAGCAAUGUAUGAAUAGCACAAAUUGAAUUAUGUACAUUUUAGGGCUAAACUACAUGCGCUGCGGCAGCUUUGUUUGCUAACCUGAUUGGAGCUACUCUAGUCAAGUUAAUAGGCCUAUGGGGAUGGAGGGAGGUCUGGUUUUAAUGGCAAAAUGAGUUCUCUAGUGUGGAGUGGAGAAUCUUUGCACAGCUCCUAUAUUUGCAGCUGAACCUCAGUAUUGAAGUUACCUUGUCUGGAAGAAAAGCACUUAGGGGGCAGGAUUGUGUAAAGGGAUAUUAGGGAGAGUUCUGAACUCCUCUUUUUCUUAUUAGUGCUUAUCUGAUUCUUUCCCAACUUUUCAUAUAGAGAGACAGGAGCAAUGGAGCUAUUAUCCAAAUUAAAAAAAAUAAUAUUAGGCUAUAAUUUGUUUUCUAGUGUUCAUAUGUGGACAAACUAAACCAAUACAGAUGGCUGUCUUAACACAUGGCAGUUUCCUACCAUGUGUUUCACUGCAUUACUAGAGAAACAUAGUAUACAUUUUUAUACCAUGCAUUCUUAAUGUAGUAAAGGUUGCCCCUCUCCUGUGGCAAAAGUUUUCACAUAGUAGAAUGUAGUAAACCAUGGCCGCUGCUGUCUGUGAGCAAAACAAACAAACGGCAUUUAUCUGAGUGAUGAGAGUUGAAUGGUGACAUUUUGUUAAAAUGAAUAUUUUAGCUUCCUGUUUUCUUCUUUCAUUUUGUUCAAAUCUCAUAAUUCAGAGGAUUUAUAUACUUCAAGUAUUUGCUGUUCUGGUAUGGUUGGGAGGAAUUUUUUUAAAACUGAGAAAUAGUGCUAUGAUGCCUCUGAAGUUAAGAGACUGUGUCUGUAUGCCAUUAAAAUUGACUAUAAAGGAGGAAAUGCUAUAUUUUACCUUGUGAAGAGAAAAAGACAGCAUUUCCAUUCCUGCCUAUUUGGCUCUGAGAUAGGAGAGGGGAGAAAUGCUGCCUUUUCAUUCUGCAUCUCUAAAAAGAAGACAGAUAGCUUUUAUCUCCCAAUCUGAGCACUAUGAUUUCUGCCUGCGAUUCUAAAGAGCAGGCAGCAGAGAUUUUGUUUCCUGAUCUCAGAGCUGAUUGCCACAGUUCUGAGAUCAGGAGAUAAAGGGCUAUGUCUGCCCUUGGAGAUUACUCUCCAAAGAGCAGGCAGAACGCUGUAUUUAUUUGUUGGCUUGUUUAUUUAUUCCUCUAAGCAUUUAAAUAAGAAAAAAACCAAUAUGGUAAUAUUGCAUGAAAGCUAGACAGACAGGAUAAAAAGAAAAGUAUAUAUAUCACACAUAAAACUGAGCAUUAUACAAAACAUGGAUUUAAAAAUUUAGUAAGGCUCAGGGACCACAAAAGCUUGGGUAAACUUAAGUUUUAUUCUCAGUGCUAAGCUAUAGCUUAAAGCUACAGCUGCAGGAGCUGGUGGGCCACUUCCCACAGCUUGCCAGGCUGAAUCUGGGCUGUGGGUUAGCCAACCCUGCCAUAGCAGCAGUGGGGGAAGCAACUAAGGGUGGAGGAAGAGCAAACCUAAAACCAAAAUACUACAAAGCUAGUCACUGGUGACUGUAUUAGUAUAGUUGAGUAUAUACAGAAGUCAGCAAACUUUCCAGCAUUUCCCAUGUGAUAAACUGGUCUGAAUUCACCCUGUGCAUCAGUGAAUCAACUGAUUAUAUAUAUUUUCAUUUUUGCAUACAGUGGUACCUCGGGUUACAUACGCUUCAUGUUACAUACACUUCAGGUUACAGACUCGGGCUAACCCAGAAAUAGUACCUCGGGUUAGGAACUUUGCUUCAGGAUGAGAACAGAAAUCGUGCUCCGGCGGCGCGGCGGCAGCAGGAGGCCCCAUUAGCUAAAGUGGUGCUUCAGGUUAAGAACAGUUUCAGGUUAAGAACGAACCUCUGGAACAAAUUAAGUACGUAACCAGAGGUACCACUGUACCACACUUCAUGGUCCUUUGGCUGCAUUGCUUACAUUUUCUCUCUCUUUACACAUGUGCGUGCUUGUGUAGAAGUGGGGGGGAAAGAAGACAGAGAUGGGCUGUUUUUAAAACACUUGUAUUUGCUUAGAUUUUGUAGUUGUUUUUGUGUAUUCCAGGUUGGAAAGGGAUGCUGUGCAGCUCUGAAGGCCCUGGGAGCCAUAGUUUGCAUCACAGAGAUUGAUCCUAUCUGUGCUCUUCAAGCCUGGUGAGAAAUGAGGUGUUACAAAUGCUGCUGUCUGAGAGAACAAGCCUUUUCUUGUAUUGCUUGCUGUUCUUUUUUGGGCUACUUCAAAAGGUUAAAAUUAAUUAGCCUACUAAAGAAGAGCCCCUCUCUACCCAAAACUUCACAAUCUGAGGCUAUACGUGCAAGAAGACAUAAAGCUUCAGGGAAUCUUCCAUUUCCUUCCAUUUCAUUUGAGUGUUCCACAAGUGAUUGUGACCUUGUACCUCCAUAUGUAAGAGUCCUUUUCCCUCAUAAGUUUGACACUGUUCUGUUGAUAAUGGCUAAUGAAUAGUUUGCCGAAAUGCAUUUGUCAAUAAGAAGAAUAUUGGGGUGGGGGAAGGAGGAAAUAAACAUGUGAAUAUCCUCUUAAAGAAGUAGUAGAUGCUAAAUACUAGGAUAGUCAUCGAGAGCUCCAGCAGCACUAAUCUGAUGUAAGAUGGAAUAAUUGUGAAACUCCAGUAAGAUUAAUAGAAGCAGUAAAAUUUAACUGGAUAUGCCAUUUGACUACUUUGCAGGGUUUUUUCUAAAAAGUAGGAUAGAACGUCUACUUUAAAUUUUGAACUCAUAAAGAUUAAUAGCAUGCUGCUUUUAAUAGAUCUUGCAGAACUUUCUUUUUUACCUCUGAACACUCUGAUCUUUCUCCAGAAAGCCCAUUUCUCUUCAGACUGCCCCACACAACUUGUCCUUUUUCAGAACUGCUACGGAUAUCGGGAAAUGUCGAAGUUAUUUCUCUAGUCCCUGCCUACUGAGCAUAGGAAGAGCUUCGGUGUCCAAUAAGUCAGUCUUCUGUAACUUACCCUACGAUCAGCUGCUCUCGACUAGUAAAAUGGCAUAUCCUGUUUCUCUUUAUUUCUUCUGUUGCUACUGUUGUUUCAGGCAGUGUCAGUUAUUUCAAUAAUACAUGUCAAAAGGAUUAAUUUAUUAGCAGUGGGUAAAAAGAAGGGUGAGGUAUAAGUGAAACAUGUAUAUGAAAUGUUUGAAAGUAUGAACCUUAAAUAAAUUGUGUGUUUCUCCCUCUGUUUCUUCCAAAUAUAGACAAGGAGAUAAUGAUCUCCAUUUUAACUGUGUCUUGCUUUUAAAGAAGCAGAGGUUCAACUGUUGUAAAAUGGGUAUCUAGCAAGUUUUAUUAUUAACAAUAUAACUUGUAGUUCAAUAAAAUGAAAACGCACAUUAAUGACCCCUUUCUUCAAAAUCAUCACACCUAAUAGCUGUUCAAAGCUCAGCUGAAAAAAACCCUUCUGAAAAAUGUAUUGGUGAAAACUGCAAUUAUUGUUAUUCAUGAAAAUAAACUAUUGCAGCAGUUUUAGUCAAACAGCUACAUAGGAAUGCAUGUACAUAACUACAGUGUGACAUUGUCAGUGGAUUCUCUUAAGCAUCAAUCAAAUGUUGGGGAACAGAGUUUGAGGUUUAAAACUUAAAUAGCCAGAGCACCUUGUUCAGUUUCAUGUUGCCAUGUUUGAUGUCCCUUUAAUCUCUUACCUUCUCUUUGGCAGCAUGGAUGGGUUUCGGGUAGUGAAACUCAAUGAAAUCAUUCGCCAGGUGGAUGUUGUCAUAACUUGCACAGGUAAACCAAUCUGGGAAGGACUGUGCACGUGUUUUGUUCAUAUUAUUCCCACCCACUCCACACGCUGAAAUCCUUCCGAUUUUGUCUUUUUGCUCAGUAAUAUGUAGUAGUAUUUCCCCACUCAAACUGGAAACCUGCAAAGGAUAUAAAGAGGACAUAAGUUGUAUCGCUUUCUAUUGUAGGUUGUAUCCAAAUAAGUAAUUACACAAGUGGAAUGAGUUCCGCUCAUGUAACCCCCUGCACCUUUACCAUAGCUGCUCUGAGUUCCUCCCCAUGAACCCUCUGGAGCAGAUUUGGAGGAAGGCAACAUUUGCAUGGGGGAGAAGAGGGAGGGAAAAUUACACUGUGCAAGUAACUCAUGCAAUUACUUGGUGGGACUCAACUCACUGUAUUGGGAUUAAAGUUGUAGCUAUAGAUAAGGGGAAAUUUGAUGGCUCACCUGUCUGAAGCUUGCUUUAGCUGCCUCUUUUUACUGCAGGAAACAAAAAUGUGGUGACUAGAGAACACUUGGACCGAAUGAAGAAUAGCUGCAUUGUAUGUAACAUGGGCCAUUCCAACACUGAAAUUGAUGUGGUGAGUGUCUGUUAAUCUUAGUUAUGCUUUCAGUCAUCUUAAUAAAUCCUAGUAGUUGAUCCCUGCCUCAAUCUCUCCUAGGCUAGUCUUCGUACCCCAGAGCUAACCUGGGAGCGUGUACGUUCUCAAGUCGAUCAUAUUAUCUGGCCUGAUGGCAAGCGAGUUGUUCUCCUAGCUGAGGUAUGUUGGCAAAGGCCUAAACAGAAGCCUUUAUAGGGUUCAUCAUAAGGAAUUGUGUCUCUUAUUUUCAGGUUCCCAGGGUAUUGGAAGGCUAAUCAAAUGGGCAGCUAGCUAUGUAUCAAGGAGAAGCUGUUCUGCUGAGAAGAGAAGAUGAUGCAGGUGUCCUUUGGGCAGUUCAGAGUUGUUGUCUGACUUGAGCUUUAUAGCAGAGUUCCAAAGCUAGCCAGACCAGUGGGAAUAUGAAGAUCUCAAAAGUUUUUGCUAAACAGAUUUUAUCCUCCUCACUGCUAAAUCAUGCCUGUCCUUUUCAGUUCAUCAUAGAUCUUAACUUUUGACCAGGAAAGGAACCAUUAACUAUCUAAAAACAUCAGUGGUUAUUAGUCCUGGUCUGGCCACAUUGCUCCUGGUUCAAACUAUGCAGUUAUAUCCCAAGUUUGCUGGGCCUGAAGAGUUUAGCAUUGCACUUGAAUCUGAAAUAUUGCAUUUCUGUUUGAUGGUGUUCUCUGAGCACAAGAGGUGAUUUCUCAAAAAGUUUUGUUGUUGUUGUUUCCCUGUCAUUCUAGGGAAGACUUCUGAAUCUGAGCUGUUCAACAGUUCCAACCUUUGUUCUGUCCAUUACUGCUACCACUCAGGUACAUGAUUUAGCCUGAAGGUUCCCCUGCCUUGCUUGAUGCUGUAUUUAUAAUUUGUUUGUGGGGAUGGAAAAUAUAAGAUACCAUAUUUAUAUUAGUUUUCCAACUCAAGUCUGAGUAAAAGCCUAGUUAGAGGAUUUAUUUGAACUGCAUUUUGCCUGUUAGUUCUGAUCUUUAAAUAGAGGCAUAGUAUGAAAAAUAUUGUCAGCUAGAGUUCUAAAGAAUAUUAUGUGCUCAGGUAAUGCAGAGCAUAUGAACUUGCAUAUUUAUUUGAAGUAUUCAUCACAGAUGAAAUUAAAUAAAAUGUGGAUUUUGAAGCAAAGGCUCAACUAGAAGGGAAUGACAUGGAGAACUGAGCCAAAUGAUCAAUCAAGCUAAAGAGGGAGCAAACGGGUCACCAUGGGAGGAAGUUGUGUCGAUUGCUGAAGCCCCACCCCUUUACAACUUGAAGCCCUGCCUAGAUCUCCCAUUCGUUUCUGAACUUUUCCUGUCUUAUGGCCUACAUGUGUUUCAGGUUUCCCCCCACAAUGAAAGAUCAAGGUUCGCAAGAUCACCAAAUCCAGUGUCCUUUCAUAGUGAACCUAUAAAUGAAUGAAAUACUUACAAUUGCUGCUUCUCACUUAUUAUUAUGCCUUCUUCAGUUUUAAAAAAGCAGCAUAACUGUCCACUGUUUUGGUAUCUGUUUAUGACUUUGAAAACAGAGUUUGCAGUCUGGAGAGGUUAAAAACUAAGGAAACAGAGCAGAUGAAUUGUUUGUUCAGCUGAAUAGUGUUACACACAUACAGGGGAGAUUGGCCUUUCCCCUCAGCAAAAUGCCUCUAUGUACCUUAGUUUGUUUAGGCACUAGGGUGAGUCUUAAUAACAUUUUAGCAUGUUUACAUUCCCUAUUUUUUUUCCUACUGGCUCAGCAAAGAUGCAACACAUAGAUUUCCUUUUCACUAACUCGGUGUAUUCUGUACCAACAAACUCCUCGCUGCAGUUUAAAAAAAGAAGCUAGAUCCACAGAACUGUUGUGUCAUUUAUCCCAAAAGCUUGGACAACCACCUCUAAGCUCAAUGUCUAAAGUAUCGGUGCUGAACAUAGACUAAUAGGUUAGCCACCAGGCGUGUCAAAACUACAAUGAUAACUUUUCAGAGUGUGCUGGAAAGAAUUGAUAAAGCCUGCAGUUGUUACUUCCAGCAUCUCUCUGAUCUUCACAGGCUCUGGCUUUGAUUGAGCUUUACAAUGCUCCUGAGGGACGAUACAAACAAGAUGUGUACCUUCUGCCUAAAAAGAUGGGUGAGCAAACAAUGGUAGAAUUUUUAGCUGCUGCUUGUUGAUCAGUGAGCGGUAGCCUCCUCUCUUGGAACACCAGGCUAGCACAGCAUGUACAACUGUAAUAAACAUAGUUUCUUCACCACAUGUUUGUGCUGGGCCCAGCCAUGCUUUGAGAAUAGGAAGGAAUUUUUAAGAACUUUAGUAUAUCGAGAAUUUUAGUAUAUACAGGCCGUAUGGGCAAUGCCCAUCCAUUUCAUGUCAGGCUUCAGAGUUGAAAUUUAGAUGUUUUUAGAUAACUUCCCUCUUUGUCUGAAAUAGCUAUAUUUUUAUUAGUCUGUUUGCUGUGAUUGUAAUCCUGGGUAUAUAAGCUAGGGAUGUCCCAUUUUGGGGAUAAUACUAUCAAAAGAUGGGAAAAUAAACCUUUGAAAUAAAAUUAAAAAUGCCUGGGGUCUGCCAGUACCAAAAUACAAAAUCCACUAAAAGGACUACAUUGAAUUUUAACAUUCUUCUACAUCGUAUGGUAUAUACUUUUCAGGGGACAUAUAUUGGUUAUUUCUUUCUACAUGUACAUUGAUUGAAUGUCUUGAAUAUGAAAAAUACAAGGCAGAAGCAUCUACUGUACCCUCUGGCAAGAAUUGCUAAAUGAAAAACACCUGUUAAAGAUUGAGUUUAGAAUGAGAGAUUCCAAGGUCAUUUCACCUCUUAGGUUAUAACUUGUCUCAUGAUUGAAUUCAGGGUAAAAAUGUUAAAAGCCAAAGUUCCAGACUGAAUGCUGUGGGGCAACACACAGCCAAAAAUAUACCCUGCCUAUUGACUGUCUCUGCCUCAGUAUUCAUGUAAUCGCUGAUAUUUGUCUAUAGUGUGAAAUAAUUAUAGAUGAGCUUUGCUAGACCUGCAUGUGGCCUUCCUUAUUGAGCCUAGCAUUGGUGGGGAAAGCUUUCAGGAGUAACUGGUUAAAGAUGUCUAGGCGCUAUAAACAGGACCUUAGAGAUUCUAACACGUCUUCCUGUAUUCUUUCUAGAUGAGUAUGUUGCCAGCUUGCACCUGCCUUCAUUUGAUGCCCAUCUGACAGAGCUAACAGAUGAUCAAGCGAAGUAUCUGGGGCUUAAUAAAAAUGGACCCUUCAAACCAAACUAUUAUAGGUAACCUUCUCCAUUAGGGGAAACUAGAAAACAUAUAGGGACUUGCCUAUAAUUCAGAUACGACAACAUGAAUUGUAAUUUUUUGAAUAGUUUUGUUAGUGUGAUGAGCAGGGUAGUUGUGAGGCUUCUCUGAACAUCCUGAAAGGAAGAUUGGGGUUCAGAUAAUAGUAAUAAAUACAGGCAAAAUAGAAAACCCUUCUAGCUUAAUUGUCUUGAAUGGAAAUACAAACAUCUAGUGCCAGCUAAUGAUGGAUUUAUACACCAGGCAAGGGAAGACUAGAAUUGGACUGGCAGUUCUGAUAACCUAAGGCAGGAGUGCCUCCACUUGAUCCUGUGUCUUGGUGGGCACCCAGUGCUUGACUCUGGCUUUCUUUCUCCUUUACUGCAGGUACUGAUGGACCAUAAUGCUGAAGGACCAGACUACAUAAUCUACACAAGAGCUUUAGCAAGAAUAUUUUUAAAGAACAUAUUUUUUGUGUUACUUCUAAAAACUUUUUUAUUUUUUAUUUUAUUCAUGUGAUUUUACUGCCCUCUCUUAUUCUCUUUAAUAUUCCUCAGUCUUUGUGUCUGACUUUACAGACAACCUGGGAUUUCCCUGCUGCAUCACCACUAAAAUAGUACAGUUUCAGCUCCUCAGCUCUAUUACUAAGGAAAGGAUUUCCCUGGGUAAUGAAGGGCAUUCCUGUCCUCUGCUCAUUUUAUUUUUUAAUUUAAAACUUUCUGGAGCACCUUAGUUGUAGUUGGUAGAACUGCAAAAUAUUAAGAGUACUAUUUUUUCUGUGUGGAAUUAUCUACAAAUUCUAAAUUGCCUUAACGAGCCCCAAUUUAUUAGCUGCUAGAUCAGUGCUCCUUUUCCUGUACUGGAACAGAGUUAUAUCUUGUGGCCAGUUAGGUGUAUAUUCAACAAAUGCCUAAUAUUGUGUUGUGAAGAAAACAGUGGGACAAUUUCAAAUACUAUUUAUUUUUCGUUAGGCUAUUUUUCCUACAUGAAAUAUGUAGCUGCAUGCCUGGUUACACCAAUCCUAGGUAGACUUUAACAUUCUUUUUAAGUUGCUAGGGUGCUAAUCUGAAUUGAAAUGGCUAUUGACUAUCCACUGUCUUCACUUUUCCAUAGCUUUUAUAUGUUAUGUUUUUUCUUUCUUUAAGUGAAGAUGUACCAGAACCAUAUUUUAAAAGGCAAUGGGUGAGAAUUCCUUUUCCUUCGAGUUUGGACAUUUUUAAGGUAGAAUCAUAGAAUUCUAUGAAGAUAUCAGUAAUACAUUGCAGAAUUGGUAGGGGCCACUAAGAACCAAAUCAGUCCUUCUGAGCUGAGAUGGGUAUCUCCUGUGCUCCAUCCUUUCAUUUGUCCAGCACCGGGGAUAUUUGGAUGAUGUAGUAGCUUAGCUUUUCAUAUCUUACAAAGCCAGUGUGGGGGACCUUUGGCCCUCCAGAUGUUGCUGUACUACAACUCCUAUUCAGCCCCAGCAAGCGAUGAUGUGAGUUGUAGUUCAGCAAACAAUUGGAGGGCCAAAUGUCAUCCCUCCACUGCCGCCCACACCUGCUAUAAAGAAUUAUUCAUUGUGUAAAGCACCUUCCCUCCAUCUUCAGGCUCCAUUUGUAGCAAAUGAAUAUUGAAGGUGGAAUCCCUUCCCAUUGGCACUGCUGUUUUAAGUGCUCUGCUGCUUUAAUUACCUUGGCUUAGGCUAGCCUAUUCUGUCUGGUUAUCUUGAUGCACUGGUACCUCUCCUGCGAAACUACGGUGCAGCCAGAUUUCACAUUUUAGUGCCAUGAAAGAGGAGGGAGCUCAUCUUUAGAGAGGCAAACAUCAGGCUAAGGAAGGUGGUUCAGGCAAAUGGUGCCUGCAUCUGAUCACUUCAGACUUGUGCUGAAGUCUCGAGGGGCAGUGAUGAAAAGCUAGAGACUACUGUGAAUCAUAGUGAAUAUAUGAUCAACCUUGAAUUUCUGUGGCUUUUUAUGUAACCUUUGCAGAAAACUUGAUGUAAAUACAGAUUACAUUCCUAGUUCCAUCUUCUUGAAAUCUAUUCCACUAUUGUAUGGCAUUGGCUGUGGUCCUUCCUGAUAUCCUUCACUGAGGAGAAUAAUUUAACUGUGAUUUGAUGAGGAGUCUGAGCCACCAAACCUUUGCACGUUCAUGCUUGCUCUCUCUUUCUCAGAGCCCUAGGUGACCUUUCUCUUGUACCUUUGGCCCCAGAUAGCUGUCUGGUUCCUUUCUGGCAGCUACACGGUGGCCACUUGGCCUUGCAGAAUGGUUGCAGGCCACUGACUGACUUGAAUGUGGGAGAUCCGUUUGCCUCCAGCUCCUCCUGCCCACCCCCUUUUCCAGAAUCUGACUUACAUUUGGCCAGGCCAAAUGAACUCUGUUCUUCCUUUUUGUUGAAGUGAUCUCAGACCUGAGCAUAUGUGCUUCCUCUCAGUUCCUUCAUCAGGAUGGCGUCUUAGUAUUUUGUUUCUCAAUUUCACAGCUCUAAUACUACAAGUUCUGAUCCCGGAAUUGGCUUGGAUCCUUCUAAGCCAAACAGAGUGCGCUCCCAAAUGUCCUCCAUGAAGCUCAGGGAGGGCCUCUUCAUUCCAUUUGUCUGCCUCUGUGUUGCAGUGUCAAUAGAUACCUUAGCUAAGGGCUUCAUCUCUGUAUAAGCCAUGGAAUAAAUUAUCAUGCCUGGCAACACCUCAGUUCAGUCAGAGGGAGCAUGUUAUAGCAUCAACCCAGGUGGGGAUAGGUUUAUUUUGUAUAUGAAUGAUUUUUAAUGAAUGCAAUAUUAUUCCUUGCAGAUGAGCAAUAAAUCAUUACGCAAAAUCUAAAUAAAAUGAUUAGAAAAAUA